CUCCCUCUCUCACCCCCCCCUAAAAGGCACCACGUUCCCGUCUUUCCCGAGGCCCUCGCGCGAGAGAAGCUCCAUCCCGCGCGCCUUUCUGAGGCGGGCCGAGCGAGCGAAAAGGCCGCGCCUGAGGGGGUAACUUGGGCGCUGAGGGUCGCCAGGGCGCUGAGGCGGCCAGUAAGCUAGCCUAGCGGGCGAACCCCGCAGCUGCCCCACGAGCGAGCGAGCGAGCCGGCCGGCCGGCCACCCUCCCCCUCCUCCCUCAAGCGCGCCGGUCCCCCGCCAUGUCACAUGCUGUUUAUUGUUGCCGGCUAGAUGGGCUUUAACCCUUUCCUGCGUGGGCUCCCCCGCUCCUGCCGCCAAGCUGGGCUCCAGCGGCGGGGCGAGCGAGGCAUGAGGCGCCAGGUGGGCCCAGGCAGCGGAGGGAGGAGGGCGGCCCCGUCCUCCGCCCGGCGCCCUUGACCAUGGACGCCGCCGCCGCCUCCUCCGUGGCCGCCUUCAGCAGGUAGAGCAGGACAAAAGCCCCGCCGGCAUCCCCCGGCCUCCGGACCCGCCUGAGAGGCCAAGGUGGACCCGGCGCCGGCCCCCCGCCCGCCUUUGUUCCCCGGCGAGGCCUUCUCCCUCGCCGGCCCCGGGCGCCCUGAGCGCACAGCCGUGUUGCGCGCCGCCUUUGCCGCCGCCCUGAGCGCGCUGCCCGGCGGCGGGCCGGCUUUUAUGCUCACGCCGGCUGCCGCGGGUGGGAGGAGCCGGGCAGGUUGUCCCCGGCGCUGCUGCUGCUGCUGCUGCUGCCGUUGCCCGGCCUCCUCCUCCUCCUCCUCCUCCUUCCCCAUCAUCAUCUCCACCUCCUCCUCCCCGCCCGGCUGAGAGGGGUCGGGGGAGGGGGCAGCAUGGCCUGGCCGUCCGGCCCCUUUUCCAACGCUCAGCUGCCCCGGGAGUGUGGCGCUGCGCCUCGCAGGGAGAAGAGGUCCGAAUGGAGACAGAAGCCAGCCAGCCCGGCCUCGCCUCCCCGGACUCCCCCCACGACCCCUGGUACUCGGCCCGGCCCACCCUCGCCUCCGACGCUGCCUCCUCCUCCUGCUCCGACGCCGACGCUCUCGGCCGGCCGGCAGCCUCCCCGCCAUGCCCGAUUGCUGGCGGCGGCGGCGGCGGCCGGGGCAGGCUCUCUCCUCUGCCUGGCUGCGGGGAGCCGCCAACAUGGCCGAUUCCCCCGCGCGCUCGCCUCCUCCAUCCACGCCUCCGCCGAGCCGGGCAGCCCACUCGCGCCCGCCGCAUCCCCGGGGCGCCCUGGCGCCGCUGCCGCCGCCCCGAUCCGCCAUCCCGAGCGCUCUGGAGGCGGCGCACACACGCCCCCCCCUUUCUCCCCAACGCCACGCUCGCCGCCCGCCAUGGACGGAGGAGUUCCGGGGGUCCCCCAGGCUGCCUCCCGUCCUCUCCCCCUGCGCCCGCGCCGCCCUUGAUCGGGGGGCUUUCCCUCCUCUCCGAAGACGAAACGCUUAACUUUUAUGGCCGUCUUGUUGCUCUCGCGUGCUGAUUUAAAACCCCGUGUCUCUCUCUCUCUUUUUGUGUUUUCUUCCCUCUCUCGUUAGCAAAAUGUUCAUCGGGGGAUUGAGCUGGCAAACCACGCAAGGUGAGAGCAAGGCGGCGGUAGCGGCCCGGCAUGGGGAGUAUUGGGGCGGAUGGGGGGGGGUAGGGAGAGAGUUACUGGGCCGGAGGCCGGGGGUCUUCUGGGUUCGGUUCUGGCCGAGCCGCACCUGCAACCCAAACUUUCCCAACUCCUCUGACGCCUUUUCUCCUGCCCCUCCCCAAAUCUUCUCUGCGAUGUACAGAACUUAGAUGCGCCUUUUCAUGGCGGGGGUGGGGGGAGCGGGCUUCUCCCAUGUGGGUCUUUGUGAAUAGCUUUGGGUAAGGGGCGCUGUUCGGACUCGUUUGCAAGGGUUCCCCCCCCCACUCCCUCUCUCCCUCUCUGUUGGGGGGGGGGGAGCUUCCCCUCGAGCAUGCCCCUCUUCCUCUUCUCUCUCCACCUCCAAGUGUUGUAGGAUCUACCCCACUCUUUGCCAGCAGAGGUCGAAUAGCCCCCUCCCUCUUUUCUGUAAGCUGUGGGGAGGAAAGAGGCAUCACCCGGGGACACCCCCCCCCACAGUGCCGCCACCUGCCUAGGGGACCCAUUUGUGUCCUUCUCUUGUGCUUUGCAGAAGGCUUGCGGGAGUAUUUUAGCCAGUUUGGCGAGGUGAAAGAGUGCCUGGUCAUGAGGGACCCGCUGACAAAGCGAUCCAGGUGAGAUGCCCCCCCUCGCUCCCCCCCCACCCGCGAUCCCUCCAGUACCAGAUCCAUUCUUUCUAACCAACUUCCUUUCGGUCUCUUUCUCUCUCCUUUCCACCUCCUCUCCCUGGUCCAGAGGAUUCGGGUUUGUCACUUUCAUGGACCAAGCUGGUGUAGACAAGGUACUGGCCCAAUCUAGACACGAACUGGACUCCAAGACGGUGAGUCUCCUUCUCCCAUCUCCAGAGGGCUGUGUGUGUGUGUGUGUGUGUGUGUGUGUGUGCAAUAGCCAGCGACCUAUCAACUAUUGACUAGAGCUAUAUUGAUCCUGUCUGGCUAUUGGGUUUUGAAACAGGCAUUGAAACCAAUGACUUCUCUAGUCUGCGCAAGGACCUGAUGUGUUUCUUGGCUUAGGGGUUGUGUUUUUCAAAACUUUUUAACUCAACAAAGUUCUCUUUGCAGAACAGUUCUAGGGAGGUAAUGAAUUGAAAAGUAUUGUACUGGGGCAGGCUGAAUGCCUGUGUGAUGCUGGUUGGAUAUUUUGGAGGAAAGUCUAGUGCUUCAGUGGUGGGGUGAGGGCAGACCCUAAGCCUUUUGUCUGGCUUGGCCCAUGGGGUGCUGCUGGAGCUUUUGCUGAACCUAAGAUAUACUGAAGGAUGCUUGAUUUCUCCCUGAAGAUUAGGCCUAUUAUUUUGGAUCUUCAUUAGGCAUCAGAAAGUGACUGGGUUUUUUUGUUUUUGUUUUUUUGGGAGGGGGUAUUUUAUUUUGAUUUUGGAUUUUCCACCUUGGCCUAACCCUUUCAAGCUGGAUCUUCUUCCCCCAAUAUCUGGGACCUGAGUGGUUGACUGGCAGAUCCCCUUCUCGCUUGCAAAAUAAAAAUAAAAUUAAGCUCUUUUGGUCCAAGGUUGUGUGGAAUGCCAGCUAUGAUGUCUCAGGGCUCCCUCCCCAUUAAUUCUGGGUAUUGGAAGAAGAUGUCAGUGUCUCUGUUAAAGAGGGAGAGUCACUCUGCAUAUGGUCAGAGACACAGUUUUCAAACAUUCCAUGGAUGUGGCCCUGGGGCUCAUGUUCUGGGUCUCAAAUGGAGACAUGGCUUUACAACACAAUGUUCUUUGCAGUAGUGAAGGCUUUUUUAUUACAAGAAACCAGUAAUUUUCCAAAAUAACAUAUGCAGCAAUAAAUACAUCUAAACAGCAUAGCUAUAUAUAGCGAUGCAUGAUAAUUUCAAAUCCCAGGUGCAGGUGAGGAGAAGGAUUUCUAGAGUAUAUCUCUCUUUUGCGUUUCUCUAACAUUUAGGUCACCUUGGGGACUAUUUUUAAAAGUAGCAUCUCCUAACUCCUGUUACAAAUCAGAAUGAACCUUUCAUGUGCAUCUGUGUCUGUCUGGGCUGGGACUUGUCUCUCACCAUCUUUCUGAUUUAAUGUAAGAAAUAAAGUCAUUCCAAAGUUGUUGAGAAUUAGUCUGUUGCCUUCGUGUUUCUGAGCAGCUUAAGGAGGCAUGUUAGUUUCUCCGUGAUUGCCAAGUCCCAAAGUUCAGUGGUGAACUUUGAUAAGUAUUUGUUUUAAAGUGGGGGUCUUUUUGAUGACCAACAGGUGUUUUGGGGACUUCUCUCUCUCUCUCUGUUGUGAAAUUGGGGAUCUUGUACACUUAAUUUACCUAACUGUUUAAAAGUUAUCUCUUUUGUGUCCCUUUGCCGUUGUGGUUGGGAGAGGUACCACCAGAAAACUGAGGCGGGAAGAGUAUGUUUGGGGAAUCUGCAACCUUUCACCUGGGAGUCACCCUACCCCCUUGGCAAAUGCCCCUCCUCCUAGGAACUACAUAAAUGACUUUCUGACAUAUUUCACCAAUCACCACCCUCCCCUCAAGCCUAUUUGCAUGUUCAGCAAGCAAGAAGACUUGCCCUGGGGUGUGUGCAGAGGAAAGUAGCAGGUCUGGAAGCAAAGAACUAGGAAGCAAGGCGGGGAGGGGGGUGGGCUAUAGAAGUGAUCAACAGCCAGCGCAGCUGUUCCAUUCCUAUUCCCAACAUAUGGUGGCUCUUUGGUUGUCUAAUAACAGAGAGCUGAGUCCGGAUCCAACUAGUGUUUUAGUCCAAGUAGAUUUGGGGCCCUGAGGUGGACAAUCCAGAUGAGAAUACCCAAAUCAAAUCCCCUCCCGACUUUCCAAAUUUGGAUUUUCAGAUUGGGUUUUCUACCUCUAGGCCUUAAAAUGACUGGACCCCAAAUAGUUGGACCCCCCCCAAUUUUGGGGGCCUAAAUAGGGACUUAAAAUGCUUGCUCAGCUAAAGGUCUUUGUUCAAGUUGGUUAAUAAUAAUAAUAAUAAUAAUAAUAAUAAUAAUUUUAUUGCUAUUUAUAUCCUACCCAUCUGGCUGGUUUCCCCAGCCACUCUGGGCAGCUUCUAGCACAUAUAAAAACAUAAUAAAAUGGCAAGCAUUGAAAACUUCCUGAUACGGGGCUGCCUUCAGAUUACUUCUAAAAGUUGCGUAGUUCUUUAUCUUUGAUUUGAACCGUUGUCACCCAGAACUGGGUUGAGCGCUCUUUUGAACAGUUUGUGAGACCUGUAGUGCAUCUUAGUAUAGCAUCAUAGAAAUGUAGAGUUGAAAGGGGAACCAUAGCAUCAUCUAGUCCAAACCUCUGCAUUGCAUGUGUCUUUUGCUCAAUGUCGGGCUUGAACCCACAACUGUUAGUUUUUCACUCUUAGUUUUUCAGGGCGGGGGGUGGUGGUGUUUGUGAAUGUGGAUACACAUUUUGGUGAUGGAUUGCAGUGGCUGGGAGUCUUUUCUUGAGGAUACUUUUAAGUCAUUUUUCCUGUGGUUGAAAUCUGAGAUAUGGGGCUCAAGGUUAGAACUCUGCCUAGAGGAAACAAUGUCCCGCCGCCCCUUGCGGGUCAUGACUUUUAAAGGAACAAUUCUGCUCAAAACCCACAGAAAUAAAGGGGAACCUAUGCAGUCCCCCUUCAUUUUGGGGCGAGGGGCUUACGAAAGAGAACUUUGCCAGCGGCUAAUGUCACAGUGCGUGCCGUUUUAAUCCAAUUUCUGGUAGAGUUCAGUAUCCAAGGUGAACAGAAGGCAUUCCAAAGGGAGACCUUUCCUUGAGGCUGCCUGGGGGAGUUGCAGGAAAGUUGAUCACUGCCCUCCUUUCUUCAGGGGAUCGUUCCCUUUCCCGUGUCCAGGAAUCUCCUCUCUCUGCUGAAUGCAUGUGCCCUGUGUUCCUUAAAAGUGUAAUGAAAGUUUAUCCUGAAAGUUAGGCACAAGUUUUCAUUAUUUUUUCUUUAUUUUUAACCCGUUAAAAAGACUUGAUACAAUGAAGCAGGCCACGCAAGUUGUGCUGUGCUAAAUGGGUUAGUCUUUCAAAAGUCUCUGUUAGUUUGGGAAGAGGAUAUGAUGGUCUACUACUUGGAAGUAAUCCUCACCUAAAUCACUGAGGUUGUUGUAGGAUUGGGUUGUAAUAAAGCUAGUCCUAUUGGGGUAUGUAUGCAGAGUAGGGUUUUUCGGGGGGGGGGGCCAGGCCAUCUCCUCUCUCUCUAAACCAGUCUCCAACUGGGUGCCCUCCAGCUGUUUGGAACUACAACUCCCAUCAGCCCCAGCUGACUGGCUGGGGCUGAUGGGAUUUGUAGUCCAAAACAGCUGGAGGACACUCAGUUAAGGAAAAGCCUGCCUCUGAACUUUGCUAUGGUGCCUAAUCAGCUAAGCCCAUCCUGGAUCUCUGUGGGAGCAGCAAGGUCACCCCACCCCUGAAAGAAAGGAGUGAGUGAUGAAUGAAUAUCCAUGGCGGCUGGCCUAAUCCUUGGGAACAGUUUCCUGGGGAUACAAAGUGAGAUGAAAGCCGUGGUCGCUGAUCCCUAUUCUUUUCUCUGCCUCCUCCGAACAGUGUGCUCUGUCUCUCUCUCUCCCUCUUGUCUCUUACAACCUUGCUGUGGGGCCUCCCCUUCGAGGUGGAGCGGUUGGGGGGAGGGGUUAAGUGAGCCGAGGGAGAGAACAGAAGGGGUCUCAUGCUGUACGGAUUGGUGGGGUGGUGGGGGGUUGUUGGCCGGCUAUUGAAAUCUCCUGAUGCGUCUGCUUUGCUGGGUUGAAGGGGAGGAGGGCGGGAAUUGUGGGGAGCAAUUUCAGUAGAGGAUAGCCCUCUUUUUUAAAAAAUACCCUCUUUUGUUUGGAGCUCAAACCCUUCUGAGCUAUCUAUCCUCUUUCUCUGCCCUUCCACCCCACCUGGGUCAGCCAGUGUUUCAGGUCCUGAGAUGGAAAAUCUAAAUGGCAUUACACACACACACACACACACACACACACAAACACACAUAUUUAACAUCUUCUGGGACAUUCUCCUUCUCACACCCCAUUGGAAUGAAUGGGAGUUGCAGGAGAGCACAGACUCCCGCCCCCAUAAAAUCUUUCCUAACGAGGCAUGUGCAGAAUAACUUCACAGUAUUUAUUUAUUUAGUUAUUUCAUUUAUAUCCCACCUUUUUCUCCAAAGAGCUAAGGUGUUGUACAUGGCUCUUUCCCCUCAUUUAAUUCCCACAGCAACCCUGUGAGGUAGGAUGGGCUGAGAGAAUGUGAUUGCCCCAAGGUCACCCAGCGAGCUUCAUAGCUGAGUGGGGAUUUAAACCCUUGUCUCCCAUGUCCUAGUCCAGUACUCUUAACUGCUACACCACAUGGGCUCUCCCAUACUUUAAUGGUGCCCUGAAACUGCCACCUUGCCUUGUUUUAUUGCAAGUACAGCUCUGCUCCUUCCUUCCUCUUUUUUUUAAAAAAAACAAACAAACACUUUUUCAGAUAUUAGACGAACAUAAGAGCAAUCAAACUCUCUCCUCCUUUUUUAAGUAAAAAAAGUCUGUUUGGAAACAUUGUUCAAAACAUGUGCACAGUCUUAGGCUGGUGCAAGUUUCCAAUACUAUUUAUUUGUUAAGUGUAUACAGUGGUACCUCAGGUUACAGAUGCUUCAGGUUACAGACACUUCAGGUUACAGACUCCACUAACCCAGAAAUAGUACCUCGGGUUAAGAACUUUGCUUCAGGAUGAGAAUAGAAAUCAUGCUCCGGCAGUGCGGCGGCUGCAGGAGGCCCCAUUAGCUAAAGUGGUACUUCAGGUUAAGAACAGUUUCAGGUUAAGAACGGACCUCCAGAACGAAUUAAGUUCUUAACCCGAGGUACCACUGUAUUGUGUUAUCUAACCCAUCCUAAUCCUGGAAUUUAGGAAUCAUUGGAGUAGGGAUGUAGCUCAGCAGUGGAGCAUUUGUUUUGCACACAGAAGGUCCCAGAUUCAACCCUCAACACCUCCAGGUAGAGCUGGGAGAGAACCCUGCCUGAAGCCCCGGAGAGCCCCUGCCAGCCAGUGUAGACAGAACUGAGGUACAUGGACCCCAAAUGGUCUGACUUGGUAUAAGGCCACUUCCUGUAUUCCUAAAACAUCCCAAGGGCAUCAGGUUGGCAAAGGCUGGUCUUCUGUGACUAGAUAGUGGCUUUCUAGGGACUCAGCCAAAGCUAUUUCCAUUUACCCCCUAUCUGAUCCAUUUUAAACUGGAAGUGCCCUGGGGUUAAAGCUGAGACCUCCAGGAUGCAAAGCCCGGGUUUUUCUACCAAGUUCUGAACCCUCUUUGGGAAACCCUGGUCCAGACCUAAACGUCUGAGUUCAUUGACCGCUUUCAUGAGCUUAUUAAGCUGUCCUUGCCCCAGUGUGAGAAACUCAGAUAUAGAAGCUAAUUGGCAAAUGGCAUCUUAAACCUAGGUUGUGGUAGCCACAGUGGAAUGUCUAGUCACCUUUUUUGCAGCGGCAUUUAUUAUUAUUAUUAUUAUUUAUUUCAUUUCUGUAAUGCUUUGUAUUUUAAAGUAAAUUUUUUUACAGCCGUUUACGACACAUUAAAACAUCAAAUGAAACAAACUCAUGCUUCAAGGAAAAUAUUUCAGAUCCUUCUCUAAGUGACAUUUGGCUUUCCCCAUAUUUAUUUACCUACUUAAUUUAUAUAGCUGCCCCAUAGCAGAAGUACUCUAGGGAGCUAGUGUGGUGUAGUCAUGAAGCUCACAGCGUGAUCUUGGUCCAGUCAUAACAUCUUAACCUACCUCACAGGGCCAUUGUUUAAUUGAGGGGGGGUGAACCUUGUAGUCCUUGGAGAAAAAGGUGGGAUAUAAAGGCAAUAAAUAAGCUAUUCUGAUUACCUAUGAAAGCUGGAGGGGUCAACCAGCUGGAGAUGUCAGUUACCAACCUGGCACCCAGAGAUUGCCAUGUUAUCACAGUUGGGACCUGUGCUAGUCGCAAAAUGCACCUGGCGCUUGGCUAGUUUCGAACACUGCUUAUCCCCCAACCCAUAUUAUUAGAAAUGGAAGUGAAAUAACGUCAAUAAAUAGCAAUACAGGUUUUUUUUUAGCAGCAUGGUCUGACAGUAGUGUUGUAUUGUGUAAUCAUCUUAUUAAUCACAGAGGUUUCUCGUUGGCAAGGGAGUGCACUCUGUACAUGCACAUGCCGUUGAUUUCUGAGGCUCAUAGUUACUGAUUAAUUUUUUUGCACUAUACUCUGUGAACUUUUUUCACCACUAGACCCUUGCUGACCCCCUUUUGACCCCCGGGUCUUUAAUCAUCCACUGCACAGUCCCAUUGACCACUUUGGAGACCCUAGUCUGGGAGGUGUCUCCUGAGGUCCACAUAUGCUUCCCAUGUGACUUGAUUACUCUCCAGUUGACUGGCUGGCAGCUUCCCAUGUACAAAUGGGAUCCUGUUGAAAGGCAGAAUUGAACUCAAGUAGGCGAAGUAGGCGUUCCUCUCUGGUGAUGAAUCUGUUCCGGCUCAUAAGAACGUAAGAAGAGGCUGCUGGAUCAGGCCAGUGGCCCAUCUGGUCCAGCAUCCUGUUCUCCCAGUGGCCAACCAGGUGCCUAACGGAAACCUGCAAGCAGGAUUCAAGCACAAGAGUCGUCUCCCCUCCAUUGGUUUCCAGCAACGGGUACUUGGAAGCAUUGCUGCCUCUGACUGUGAAGGCAGAUUAGAGCCAUCAUGGCUAGUAGCCGUUGAUAGCUUUAUCCAUUUGUCCAAUCCUCUUAUAAAGCCAUCUAGGUUGGUGGCCACCACUGCCUCCUGUGGGAGGGAGUUCCAUAGUUCCACUAUGCAUGAGGAAGUCCUUUGGUUUUUUUCCCCUUAUCCUGAGUCUUCCAACAUCCAGCUUCAUUGGUCGUCCAUAGUUCUAAGGUUAUGAGAGAGGGAGAAAAACCUUUUCUUUGUGCCAUGUAUCUUAUUAUAAACUUAAAUCAUGUCACCUCUUUGUCUCUCUUUCUCUAAACUAAAAAGUCCCAAACCCUGCAACCUUUCCUCAAUGGUGUGUGUUUGUGUGUGUGUGUCACUCUAUCCCCUUGAUCGUUUUUUGUUGUCCCUUUCUGAACUUUGUCCAACUCUAUAAUCUCAUUUUGGAGUUGAGGGAGCCGCAACUGUACACAGCAAUCCAAAUGCGGUUUCACCAUUCAGCAAGCCCAUUCAGUUUUCAGUGUGGCUGUGAAGUGAUGAAUGAGCCUGUGUGAACCAGCCCUGAUGGCUGAUGGCCUCUGCAUUUCCCCCUGCUCCCUAGGAGCCUGGAGUGAUUUUGAGGUGGAAGAAACUUAAGUGCAGUGUUUCCUCAAUGGCCUUUAUUUGUAAGCAACGUAGAAACACGCUGAGGUCUGUUUACGCGAAUGCUAAGUCUUAAUAGGUACCUUUGCUAGGCUGGAAGAUAACCAUUGCUGAGGGGGCAGGAGGAAAGUGGGGCAUUUUGGAUUCAGGGUGAAGCAAUUUGCAGCAUAGCUGGCACCGCAGGUCUUGCCGACGUGUCUUCUGUGGCUCCGCUUGGCUACGGUAUCGCUUUGGCAAUAGAUAACCUCAGAGGAUGAUUCCAGCAAGUUAAAUGUGGUUACACGGGCUUUAACGGUAAUUACACAGUGUUUGGAGCAGUAGUAGGAUUGCGAGGAAGCGGAUUGUGCCCUUGGCUCCCGCCUGUAAGGUCACUAGUCCUCAUGAUUAGAAGUGAGAGCAAAGGGUAUUGGUUCAAUAAAGUGCCUUUUUAAAAACCGUGCAAACAUAUAGGGUUCUGGGGGUAUUGAGAGUGCUUCACUCAGUUGCCCUUACAAUAGCCUUGUCAGGUUGGAGAGUCUUAUCCCCCACCCCGAGGGAAAAGCCAGACCAAAAAUGCCUACUGUGGGGUGUUUUGCAGGGAGGAUUGGUCAGAGGACGAAGAGUUAUGGACCUCAUCCUGCCCUCCAGUCCUUUCCUGCAAGCAGGAACCCCACCCCCAAAAUAUUAGUAGCUUUAUUUUUAUUAUUACAUUUGUAUCCCAUCUUUUUCUCCAAAGAGGUCAAGGUGGCAUAAACUAUUCUCCCCCAUGUCAUUUGAGUCCCCACAACAACCCUGUGAGGUAGGUUAGGCUGAAAGGCUGUGAUUGGCCCAAGGUCACCCAGUGAGCUUCACAUGGCAUGUGGAUUUGAACCCUGGUCUCCCAGGUCCUAGACCGGCACUCUUAACCACUGCACCAGGCUGAAGGACGCUUGGGUGUGAUGUCAUUCCUCUCUGAUGCCACCUAGUGGUGGAGGCAUGACUCGCACCAGUGGCUUCCUGGCUCACAUCUCCCCUACUUAUGCACAGUUUUGGGUGCCCCGUCAGAUGCAAGGGGAGAGGGCAGAAGUGCCUUCCUCCUGCCCUGUGGGUCUCUGCUGAGUGUCCACCUGGCUGGGUUGAGCUGCUUCAAUGCACUUAUUUCAGGAACUGUGGGCAGCCAGCCUCUGCUUUCAGUUCCCAGCUAAAGCAAUGCACUGGCUGGCCUGUCAUAGGAGGUUUAUGGGGUUGGUUGUAAGGCCGCCUGAGAUAAUGUGUCCAAAAGAACUCCAGGCAUGCUGGAACGCUGCUGCAUACAUAUUAACAGCAAUUAUGAUGAUGAUUAGGGUUGCUCUUAGCUGGGAGGUAAAUAACUUCUCCCUCGGCCCUGGUUUGCAUGGAGGUAUUUUUUGGAGAAAGGAAGGAGAGGGAGGGAAAUUUGGCCAGCCUUGCAAAUAAGUUAUGAAAGUUACUAGCCUGCAAAAAAACAGUAACCAGACAGAGAACUGAAUUUCUGUGCUGGGCUUGUGGAGGAGGGGCUCCACUCCCCCCGUCCUGAACCUCAUUGGUUUCUAUGCUGGCCUGCCCACACAUCUGCACAGGACAUCAUUCACUCACCUGCAUGCAAUUCCUUGUUGCCUGUGGCUACCAACGUGGUGCUUAACCUGAUAUAACCUUUAUGUUUUAAAUCUGGCCUUCACUUUUCAUAAUCUGUUUGCAACUAAAUGCCCAACUUAAAUUUCUAGACUUUGCUGCAAUCGGAUCAGGUGACCCUGAGAAAGAGCUGAGCCAGUAGUAGCCAAUAUGGUUCCCCUCCAGAUGUUGCUGGCUCUAAACCUCCCAUUAUUCCUGACCUUUGGGCAUCCUGACUGGGGCUUGCGGGAGUAACUGUAGUCCAACAAUGUCUGGAAGUGUUGGCUCUCACCGCGGGAUGAAGACUGGGAACUUUCAGAACUGUUUCUGCCAAAGGCUUUAAUGUGAAAAGUCAGGUUCAACAGGUACACCAGGUACAUCAGAGGCAUGGGGCUUCAAAAGGCUAUCUGCACAGCAGCGUUUGAAAUUCACCAGACUCCAGGCACAUUUUGCACCUGGCUCUUGGCCACUUGCAACCAAGUGGAGAUGCCCAGGCGCCAGGAUGUCACCCGAUGUCUCCACCAUCUGGUGGUGCAUGCCUGGGGAUCCUUGGAUCUUGCCUGUUUUCAUAUGACAGCAAUAUAUCCUGUAGAAUUCUAUCCGUUACAUUUUAUCUGCACAAUCAGAAUGAAUUUCAGGAACUAAAAAGUCAUAUUGAAAAGUACGACUUUUGAGCCAUCUGGCCCCAAAAUUGCAGCUAGGCAUUCUGUUUUGGCGACUGUAACCUGGUUUAAGGAGCCAUUUGAUGCCUAGCUUAUACAGUGGUACUUCGGGUUACGUAGGUUCAGGUUACAGACUCGGCUAACCCAGAAAUAGUACCUCGGGUUAAGAACUUUGCUUCAGGAUGAGAACAGAAAUCACGCAGUGGCGGCGUGGCAGUAGCGGGAGGCCCCAUUAGCUAAAGUGGUGCUUCAGGUUAAGAACAGUUUCAGGUUAAGAACGGACCUCCAGAACGGAUUAAGUACUUAACCCGAGGUGCCACUGUAUAUCUGAGUUUCUAAUACUGUAUGCACAGCAAACAUCCCAAGUCCCAGGUCUGGGCAAACAAAUGGGCACUCCUAUGAGCAGGUCGGCUUUGCGAGGCAUCUUCUCACUGGUGCUGACUCCAGCAUAUCCUUGGAGAUGGGAGUGACAUCAGGACUGGCUUUGCAUUGAUCUUUAAGUUGCCUCUCCAGGCGGGAGGGGCUGUUCAAUGACAAGAGGCAGCACCAGGGAUGGCUUCAUUGCAGGUCGUUUUGGGCUUGGGAUACCUAGCGUCUUGGAGGAAGAAGGUUCGGGCCGGCUUGGGCCCAAACUCCCUCUCUCAGCCCACUGGGCUCCUCCUCAGGGUCAGGCACCGACUGAGGUCCCUAUCUAUCCUCCACAAGUUUGCUAGGAGCCUCACAGUGAGUCAUCCAGCUCCAGCUCCCCAGUCUCUCCCCAUUCGUCUUCCGCGUCCGGCUGCCCUCUCCAAGGCAUCUUUUGCAGCGGACUCAUGACAGGAGGGAACUGUGCUGGCAGUCCUUGAGCCAGACAGAUUCAUGGAGGGCAAGUUUUGUGAACAGUUGUUAGCAGUGUCAGCUAAUUAGAAUCCCUGUGUUUAUGAAACAUACUUGUUUCAUAAAAAUUAUAUACUGCUUGAUAGUUUAAAAACAGAAUAUUAUGUGCACCUGUUAACAGUACCAGUUCCGCAGAUUAAAGCCAGUUGACUAGGCAUAUGGGUGUGUGUGUGCAAGGUGAUCUUGCAGCUGUGUGUAAAACCUUUAGCCUCCCAGAUGUUUCUUGGGACUACAUCUUCUAUGGGCCUUUAACAGGAGAUGCACCAACUGGAAACAAAACAGAAGCUUUUGCAGACACAAACAGUGUCAAAUGUGGGAUUGUGUAUAAAUUUUCCCGUGCCGUUGUGUGGUUAAGAGUGUUGGACUAGGAAUUGGAAGAGACCAGGGUUCAAAUUCCCACGCAGCCGUGAAGCUCACAGGGUGUGACCUUGGGGGCCAGUCACCCACUCCCAGCCUGUGCCCACUUCACAGGGUUGUUGUGAGGAUAACUAUGUGCACCACCUUGAGCUCCCUGGAGAAAAAGGUAGGAUGCAAGUGUGGUAAAUAACCUAAUAACUCAUGAGCAGGUGUCCUCAGGAGCGUCCAGUGAAAAGGAUGUCUGGAUAGGCCCAAGGGCGUUUGAAUUUACUUUUUUAUUUUAUUGUGUUUAUGCCCCACUUUUUUCUCCAUGGAGCACAGGCUAGUAUACAUCGUCCCCCCGCUCCUCAUUUAAUCCCCACAACGACCCUGUGGGGUAGGCUAGGCUGAGAGGCAGCGACUACCCCUCUGCAAGGUCACACGUAGUGAACUUCACGCCCUGGUGGGGAUGAAUAUUGUAGCUGAAUAUUGGUGCUUUUAAGUUGAACCCAGGAUCAAAUAAGGUAACCAAUGCAGGUGAUACAUGAGCCCUGUAAGAUAAUAUGAUAAAUGAUCAGGCGCGAAAGAGUUGAGUAACGCUUUGCCAGGCUGAAGCAGGCUGUCUAACCUGACAGCCGUUUCCUGUACAGUUUUUACAAAAAAAAAGCUGUUUGCUUCUCGGGAGCAUCAAACACAACCUUCCUCUUUUCUCUCUUGGGGUUCUUUAUAUUCUUUGCUUCUGUUUUUACGGGUUCUGACUCCAAACGCACCCUGUAUUGUUCCCACUUCUUAAAUAACUUGCUCACUUCUAGUUACACCUUCUCUAGCCCCUUUUUUUAAAAAAAGGAAAAGAAAACCCUUCCAGCCUCAGUUUUCCUCCAACACUUGCUAGCCAGACGGCCUAGCUGCAUAAUUUGAAUAACAGCCGGCCUCACCCAGCUUACAGCAAGCAGGCUCUCUUUUCUGCCUAGUGAAUUGUGCUGGGAAAAGGAAGGCCUGGGUUAACUUUUGUUGAAAUAGGGGAGUAUCUUCUUGGCAGGAGCUGAAUGUCUCUGGCUGGGAACUGAACAAGACAGGGGACAAUUGUUUGUGCUUGGUAUCUUCCAUCAGCCUCCUGCUGUCCCGCGAGGCCUUGGAAACUCACUGUGGGCUUUCGCUAAUGCCACAAUGCAAAGGGAUUGAGUGUGUUUUUGUUUGUUAUGUGUUUUAGAAACUUGUCUCCUACCUAUUCUCCCUCCCUGCCAACCCUCUCUGAACAAGGAUGUGCUUGUGUGAUUAUAAGCGUUCAGGGAUGAUCGGGAGCAGAGGUGGCCCUGGUGAAACACAGAAAUGAUUGAAGAGCAUUGGAGCAUCUUCUGUACAAGGAGAGGUGAUGCAGCAGCCUUUUGCCAACCUGGCACCCUCCAGGUGUUUUGGGCUACAACUUCCAUCACCCUCAGCAGCAUAUGGCUUGUAGGCUGGGGUUGAUGGGAACUGUAAUGCAAAACACUUCGAGGGCAGCAAGUGUGGAGUUCUUUAAUUUAGGGGCAGGAAAAUGAUAAUUUUGGGGUGGGGUAAAGGUGUCUAAACUCAGUGGUGCGGCGAGUGGAAGGCUACUCCGUUUCUCCUCUCACAGUAGUUGGCCACUUGUGAAAACUUAUUGAGGAAAGGGGCACAGAGCAACCUACUUCUUCCCCUCCGCACACAAUUGACUGAUGGGGUCUCCUUGCCAAGCUAUGUGUUUUUGGCGGUACGCCUGGAUGCUGGUUUUAAACAAAGGAUUAGGCAAAUCCGUGGAGGAUAGGCGUAAUUUAACGGCUCCUGGCCACAGUAGCUAAAUGGACCAAUCCCCUGUCAACAGGAGCACUGCAGCUCUGAUGGACCUGAUGAUAGGGAUGAAGAAGCAGGGCAAGGCUGCUUCCCUACCUGUGAGCAUCCAGAGGCAGCUAUUUGCAUACAAAACCUACAAAAUUUAAAAUACGAAGUAGGACGUUAGAGCAAUAUUCAUAGUGGAAAGAAACAUAGGAAGCUGCCUAUUGCAGCUGGUCCAUGUAGCUCAAUAUGACACUGACUAGCAGAGGCUCUCCAGUGUUUCAGAUGGGACUGUUUCCAGCCUCACCUGGAGAUCUCAUCUGAGACCUUCUGCUGGCAAAGCAGAUGCUCUACCGCUAACUUAUGGUUUUGCCCCUGAAAAUAAAGGUUCUAGAAUAAAGCUGCUUCAUUCCAAGUCAGACCACUGGUCCUCUUACUCAUAAUUGUCAAUGUUGACCGGCAGUGAUUCUCCUUGGUUUCAGGCGGGGAUCUUUCCGGGUUGUACCUAGUGAUGCAGUUGGGGAUUGAACCUGGGACCUUCUGCAUGCAAAGCAGGUGCUUGACCACUGAGCCAUGGUGCUUCCCCAAAGACCUACUGAAAUAAAACUAUUUCAGACUGGUGCCUGAAACUUAGCAGGGCUGGUGGCUGCCUGGUUUCUGAUGGGAUUGAGUGCCGUGGAGUUGGGCCCUCUAUGCUGCAGGCACGACUCCUUGAUGGCAUGACGCAUGCUUCUGGAUCAUGGGGGAACCACAAACAGUGCUCCUGCAGGUGUUCUCAGCUUGUGACAACAAUAAGGGUGAGGCAGUCCUUAAGGUGUAUCCUUAAGGCAGAGGUUUUCAAACUUUUGAGUCCACGGCUCCCUUUACCAACUUCAUUCUUUCUGUAGCAUCCAUGUGGGGCUCAGGAGCUCAGUUAUGUCGCCCCUUGCCUGCAGAGCUGGCAGCCUCUCGCCCUUUUUCAAACACCCUCGCUUGUGGAGUGUUCCCUCUUCCUCCUCUCUUCUCGUCUCCCUUCUCCUUGGGAGUCCUCUGGGCAGCCGCUGCUGCUGCCUGUGGUCUCUGAGCUGCCCCACCCCACUCACCCCAAAAAGAGGUGCCUCCUCAAGCUGCCCCACAGGGGCCUGGGACUUGUCUGUCAUUCCCGGCAGCAAGGGCUGGAGGAUUAGCUGGUUGGGAUCCCUCACCCACUUGCUUGCUUACUCUGAGGCUGCCUCAGCUCCUGGCAACAAGCACCACCUGACCAGCCCCAGAGGCACCAUUUGCCUGGGGAGCUUGUAGCCAGGGCUGUUGCACAAACAGCCACACAAGUCUUUGGGAGGCAGAGACACAAGAGGAACAUCAGAGGAGGGAGGGAAGGAAAGAGGAACAGAGGCCAGUGUUGCCCGUGGCUCCCCUGACUAUCAUUGAAGGCACUCCAAGGUGCCACAGCACACUGGUUGAAAACCUCUGCCUUAAGGUGUAUCCAAAGCUGCUCAGGGGGUUUGUACACUAGUACAAGAACCUGGAAUAUGGGUGAGAAGCCACUGCAGAUCUUUUAACUCUGACUAGUUGGGCACUGUUGGUAGCAGGUACUUUCAGCUUCGCAUCUGUUGCUGUGCCUUUGUUGGCAUGUGGCCCUUGGAAGGUUGCCAGCUGGGGAAUGCGGCCCUCUGGCUGAAGAUGUUUACACAUCCCUGCCUUUACAUGCCAAGUCUGAGUGAUAUCCAGAGUUAGUCAUACUCAGACCUGUUGAAAUUUAUGGCCACAGCAACAUUAGGAAUUGGUGUAAAAGGCGCCUUAAAAAAAAGGUAAAGGGACCUCUGACUGUUAGGUCCAGUUGUGGAUGACUCUGGGGUUGCGGCGCUCAUCUCGCUUUACUGGCCAAGGGAGUCGGCGUACAGCUUCCAGGUCAUGUGGCCAGCAUGACUAAGCCACUUCUGGCGAACCAGAGCAGCACACGGAAACGCCGAACAAGAUUGCAAUAAGAUGGGCAGGUGCGUGAACAGAUACGAGUGAUAGCCACUGUUGUGGCUGCCUCUUCUAUUCCCUGGUUCGAGGCUGUGAUUUUCCUGGGCAAAACAAUUCUGCCUUGGUCAGACCCCACGUGGAGUCUUGGGUACCACAGUUUAAGAUACUGAAAGCUGGAACACAUGCAGAGGAGGGUGACAAAGACGAUCAGGGGUUUGGAAACCAAGCCUUAUGAGGAAUGGUUGAGGGAACUGGGUAUGUUUAGCCUGGAGAAGGCAAUGGGGUGAUAUAAUAGCCAUCUUAAAAUAUCUCAAGGGCUGUCACGUAGAAAAUGGAGCAAGUUUGUUUUCUGCUGCUCCAUCGGGUAGGACCCAAACUAAUAGAUUCAAAUGACAAAGAUUCCAAUUAAACAUUAGGAAGAAUUUUCUGAUGGCCAGAGCUGUUUCACAGUGCAAAGGAUACCCUUGGAAGGUAGUGGACUCUCCUUUGUUGCAGGUUUUUAAACAGGCUGGAUGGCCAUCUGUCAGGGAUUCUUUAGCUGCGACUCCUGCUUUGCAGGGGGUUGGACUAGAAUGACCCUUGCAAUCCCUUCCAGUACUACAGUUCUGCGAAAAGUGCAUGCGCAAAAGUCCAAUCGGGAGUAUCAAUGGUUGCAGCAAACUGUGUGGUCUUUGCCGAUUGAGAGUUCACUUGCGUAUGUGGGAUACCUGCCCUGUGGGUAAGGUACACAGUGUCUGCCUGUCAUGGCAGGGAGGAAGAGUCUUGGAGCAAGUCACAACACACUCAUAUGGCAAAGGUGCUUUUUUGGGGGUGUGAUCAUGGAGACUGUGGUACAAAGUGGGAGUGCUGCCAGACUUUGCAGUGUGGCUGCCCCCUUCCCUUACUAAACAGUGGGGCUGGGUGCUCUGUUCUGGCAUCCCCAGCUUUAAGACUGGAGUUGCUGAUGAGUGUCUUACGCCUGGAGUCACCCAGCAAGCGUUGUAGGGAGAGAAGCAUUUGCAACGUGCUCAAUUCCUGGUCUGGAGCCAGGUGGCUUGGUGCUAAGUGUUCUCUUUCCUCUGGUGUCCAUCACCAGAGUUCCUCCUUGUGUUCUCUGUGUGUGGCAUGAGGGAGAGAGCAAGAGCAUACAGGACAUCACUCUGUGUGGGCUUUUUAUAUAUUGGUGCUAUGAAUGCUGUAUUGCAAUUGGGUCUUGAAUUGCACCAUAGCCUAUUGUGCAUUCGGAGGUGUGCGCAGGGUCAUCCCUGGGUCAGGGUCCUUACAUCAUUGUGGGGGUGGCUAUUCUUAUCCCCUCUCCUGAAGCCAGGGGGAAAUACAUGUCUUACGUUCAGGGGUGUAUCUAGGGGUUGGUUAGGUUGGACCUGCCAAUGGCUCAGGCGCAGGGGUUUGUGAAAAAAUUACGCCUCACCACUCUGGCUCAAGAGUGCCUAGGAGCCUGCCCGUGUGCUCCCUGGGCUGCUCCUCGGCUGUUCUGGGUGGCUGGGAAGGCACACAGCCUCCUCUGGGUGCCUUGUUAGAGGAAUCUGGUCACAAGUGAUGGAGGUGGGGGGCCCAGGACUGAUACAGCUCCUUGCCAAGGGUGCAAGGCAGACUCGGUAAGCCUCUACUUGUGCCAUGUCCUGGUUUCUUGUAAAGAUACCCUAUGAUGAUGGUGAUGAGGGUUUGGUAUAGCAGCCUUCAUCAACCUGGUGCUCUCUAGAAGUUUUGGACUACAUGCUAGCUGGGUCUGAUGAGAGUUCUAGUCCAAAACAUCUGGUGUAGCGUCAGCUACAGCAUAAAUUUGAUGUCCCAUCGUAUCCAUGACUCCACACUAUUUUAGGCACCCCACGGGUGGAUCUUUGGUAGAAUGUCUGCACCUGUGGAAUGUCCUGCUGGCAUACCUGGGCAGUCCCACUGGUGCAUCUGUCAUGGUGGCAGCAGGCCUGGUAUUCCAUCAGUGUAGCAUCCACCAGAUCUUAUAGCCCUUCAUCCAGCAUCUGCUAGUGUGGUGUAUCAAGUGUUUUUUCCCCCUCCCCUAAUCAAAUAGCCCUGUUCAAAUACUUAUGGUUCUUUUGAAAAGCUUUUUUUAAAGAAUACAAUGAUUUUAUAUGGUGGAUAAAUUAAUGCAGCAUACUUUCUGAGUUUGAUUGUUUGUCUUAAACAUAAGCCCAGUGAAUAAGCCAAAAUGCAACAGUUUCUGAUUCUGGCAAGUUUUUUAUUCAAAUUUUUUCCAGGAAACCCCACAAUGCUAGGGAAGGUAGUAUUUCUGAUGCACAGCUUCUCCUUCCUGAUAUAGGAUUACUCUGUAAAUCAGUUAAAACACUAUUGCAGCAUAAGCACCAUUGAUUUCUGUAGCACUUCCUCACAGACAAGGAUGCAUGGCAGCCUUCACCAGAUGUUUGAUGCCGUCCAGAUAUUUUGGACUCCCAGCAGCCCCAGCAGCAAGCAUGGGCAGUGGCUAAGGAUGAUGGGAAUUGCAGUCCAGCAACACCUGGAGGGCACCACUUUGACUACCGUAAACUACCAGUGAGAGUGAACUUAGAAAAUCCAGCUCCUAUCUGUGCCCCCGGAUGCAAAUCAGAACAAAAUUUGGGAGGGGAAGCAUGGCAAGACUUUGCAGCAAUUUGAAAUGGCUCUGAAGGGCCUGAAUUCUACACCAUAAGUGAAAGAAAAGGAGACAGGAAAAUAAAUGAGGGGGAGUGGGAAGCAGGACGUCUACAGCCAGGCAGUCCUCCCUCCCUUUAAUCCUUUGGAGUUUGCCGAACUUGUGGUCCGAAGGGAGUGAAGGAACCCACAGGAUGGUUCCAGCUUCGCACUGAGCUGAACCUGUUGUUUGCAAGCACCAGCCUCUGUUUGUUUGUUUGUUUAAACCAUUUUUACUCUGCUCUUUAGCCAAAAAGGCUCCCAGAGUGGCUCACAUACAAUCAAUUAAAAACAAGACAGUUCUUGCCCGCCGGCUUACAAUCUACAAGGCACAACACCCGAAGGGAAAGGGACACAGAGGGAAGAGAGGAAAAAAUAAGCAAACUUGGGCACCAAUUCUUAAACAGCAGUUCUUAUCAUGAUGAACUGACUUAGUUCCGCGAUUGGAAGAAAGUGAUGCUGAACUUAGUGUGGACACCCGAUUCAAAAGUACCCCUAAGCUGUGUCCCCUACUCCUUCAGAGGGAGUUUAACCCCAUCAAGAGUAGGCAGGCUCCCAUCCUUCUGGAACAACAGUCUGAGUUAAGGUUGUCUUCUCUUCUAGUUUUUAUCAGUCAAGUGGGGCAAGGGUCCAGAGUGCAAGUGGUUGCCCUGACUGAUUACAAGCACCAUGUCCACAUCCUUGAGCCCUACUAACUGAAACUCAUCCAGCAUAACAGGACUGGACAGUGCUCUAGACUCCUCAAGAUUCAUUUGCUGUAACAGUGGAGUCAUGAUCCUUGGAGGAUGCAAACAAAUUUAUCUUCAAAAUGCUUUGCAAACAAAGUCACAGUGAGCUACCAUUGGUUCUGCCACCUUCUUUGAGCCAGAAUGUCAAAGGCCCCACACUACCUGCAAAAGCUCUGCUGGACAGCACAAUGAGAAUUCAAAGGAGACAGCAACGUAUGCCUUCUUUUCUGGCUUGAUGAGCUUUCACCAGUGUUGGCUUACCUUUGACUGGAGUUUUCCUCCAUUUGCAUUCAAGUCAUCUCCCAGCUUUGUUUCCUCGCCCUAAGCUCUGGAAUAUACUAGGGAACCAAACAGGCUCCAUGAAGUGGGAGAGGGUCAUUGGCCCAAGCCACUUGGAUCUUCCAGAGAUUGGCCAGGGCUUCGAGAGCAGCACCAAUCACAUCUGCCAGAAAUCCCCUAGAGCCAUCUGGAAAUCCAUUGGAUCCAUCAACCCCAAAGGAUGGAUGAUCCUAAUAAAGUCCCUGACCCUAUACUGAAAGCCUAAAUCUCAGCAGGAAUUGAUCAGACCAUGACAAGUGACUGGUGUCAAUAUCCCCUACUUUCAGAUCACCCUCUUCCUGCCCAGUUGAGAAAACAAGGUCCAGAGUGUGGCCUGCCACGUGUGUUGGGCUGGUGACAUGUUGGCACAGCCCCAUGAUUGUCAUGGCAGCCAUGAAGUCCUGAACCACCCCAGAGCCAGUCCCCUUGGCAUGGAUGUUGAUGUACACCCCCAAACCAGCAGUCUGGGAGUCCGCAACACCCCCUCUGAGACCAGUUCUGCCAGUUCAGGCAGAGAGAUUGAUGGGCAGCGAGGCAGGUUGUAAACUAUCCCAAGUUACAGAACAGGACAUGUUCAAUGCCUCCUGGUUCUUACAGAGGCCCUAUUCUUAAGGAAAGAGGGAUGCCCCGUAUACCUGCCCCAAAGUAUUUGGGGUAGAAGAACAUUAAAUCUGACCAGAAUAAAGGCUCUGCAACAUUCAACAACAUGCAGAUCCCUAAGGUAUGCAGCUAAAUGGAAUGGAUCAUCAGAAGAGAUGCCCAAGGAGUGAGGUGAGCAGGUUGUCCCUGAACAAGACCUGUGUUGUCUAAUCCUCUUUUUAAAGCAUCCGAAUCAGUUUCCAUCACUUCCUCUCUUGUGGGAAUGAAUUCCAUAGCUGAACUAUGCGCUGUGUCAUUCUCCAAUGAAGGGCUAUUCUAAGCAAGAAUAAGAACAUCAGAAGAUCCUGCUGGAUUGGGCCAGUCCCCCUUCUAGUCUAGCAUCCUGUUCCCAUAAUGACCAACCAGAUGCCUGCAAGAAGGACCCAGGCACAAGAACCCUCUUGCCUCCUGUUCUUUUCCUGCCACUGGUAUUCAGAAGCAUUAAUGCCUCCCAAACCUUUCAGAAUCUUCAGUUUAGUUCGGCUAUCCUGUAAUAGUCAAUAUCGACCCCCUGGGGUCUAAGGGAUUGUGCAGGGGGUGGAUAAAGACCUAAGGGUCAAGGUAUCGUUUGGAAAUUUUAAAUUAGGAAUUAAGAGCUUCUGAAAUAAGGGAUGUGGGCACUGUCAGAGUGAUAUUGUUAUUAUUUUUGCUUGCUUUACUUCCCUAUUUAUUUAUUUUUUACUUUUUAUGAUUCCUAGUAUGAUAGUGAUCUAUGAUUUGUAAAUAUUGAUGUAAACAUUGAUAUUUCUUGUUUUAUUUUGUUUACAUCCCUAAGAAUCUGGGCUGGAGUUGAUGGUAACUUUGUAAGCUCAUCAAGGAGUCAAUGAACUCAGGGGUCUGGGAAAACCCAAUUUAGUUGAAAGACCUAUCUGCUUGCCUAGGUAUCUGUGGGAUGUUAGCUGCAAUUUUGGAACCGGCAGGAGGCUGUAUGUGUAUUUUUAUCAUUGAAAUUUUAGCUCUGUGGUCUUUCUCUCUUGCCUGCUCUUAAUUCUCCAGAAUUGAUGAUGUUGUUACUCCCCCCUGAGAUUAUGUGAUGAACAGAGUGCUAAAAAUAUACUUAAUAAAUAGAUUCCCCUGGGAUCUUUGGGUGGCGGAGGAAGCUACAUGUUGGAAGAUACAGGGCAGAUAAAAGAAAGAGCUUCUUCAUGUAGCACAUAGUGAAACUAUGGAACUCGCUUCCACAGGAGCCAGCGAUGGCCACCAACUUGGAUGUCUUUAAAAGAGGAUUAGAGCAAUUCAUGGAAGAGAGGGUCAUCGAUGUCUACUAGCCAAGAUGGCUAUGCUCUGCCUCCACGGUCAGAGGCAAGAAUGCUUCUGAAUGCCAGUAGCUGGAAACCACAGGAGGAGAGAAUAUUCUUGUCCUUGAAUCCUGCUUGCAGGUUUCCCUUUGGAGCAUCUGGUUGGCCAUUGUGAGAACAGGCUGUUGGCCUGAUCCAGCAGGCUUUACUUAUGUGGAGUCAUAGAGGCUAAACUGUUUCAAAACAGAUUUGGAUUUCUAGCGUAGAUGUGCCUUUGCUCAAGCAGUCAAGAUAGCCUUCCUCUUGUGGAACAGGGAUGGUGAAACUGUGGCCCACCAGCUGUUUCUGGACUAUUGCUCCCAGCAUCCCUGACCACUAAUUGUGCUGGUCAGGGUUAAUGGGAGGAGGAGUCCCACAGUGCGUGGAGAGCCAAACAUUUCCCAUCCUUGUACUUGAGCAGUCUUCCCUAGCCUGAUGCCUUCCAGCUGUAUUACAGGUCUGGACAUGCUUGUUGUGCGGAUUAUGGGACCAUAAGUUGAGCCUAGUGGAUCAGGCCAAUGUCCCAUCUAGUUCCUCUUCUCACAGUGACCACCCAGGUGCCCCAAAGUGAACCCAGAAACCAACUGUGGUUUCCAGCAACUGGUAUUUAUAAAUUUUCACCAUGUCAAAUUUUAAAGAAUAAAACAAGGAUGAAGUGAUUGACAGCAAUGUUUUUCUUCCUCACGUCUUCUCUAUACGCAGCUGGGGGUGUGGAGUUUUAUAAGUUGUGUGUCUUUGUUUCUUUUUUAAAAAUAAUUUUUAUUAAAGAUUUUCUUAGUUUACGAAAGUACAUGCAUUGUCUCUUUUUUCAGGUUGUGUUUCUUUGUUUCUCAAUUUGUUUCUUUUACAUGGUUUUGUAUGUAUUGUGGUAUUUUAUGAAUUAUGCCUUGCAGUUAUUCUAUUGAUCAAUUAUUUUUCAUAAUUGUUAAGAGUGAAUUUCUGUUUAAUGAUCAUUUGCUGAUGUUUCCAGAGUUAAUUUUACUCUGUGCUGUUACAUGCUAAUAGAUUAUUGAAUAUUACUUUAUUUGAUAUAAGUCGUUCCAUUUUAAAGUUAUGCUUUAUUAUGACUUUUUGUAUUUAAUCAGAUUAUUAUAAGCUGUGUGUUCUUUGUUGUAUAUUUUUGUUGCUGUCAACCAGCUUGUGUAUAGCAAUAUGGAAAGGCAGUAUAGUCAUGCCUCGGGUUGAAGUAGCUUCAGGAUGAGUAUUUUGGGGUUGCGCUCCGUGGCGACCCGGAAGUAACGGAGCGCCUUACUUCUGGGUUUCGCCGCUCGCACAUGCGCAGACGCUCAAAAUGAGGUCAUGCGCAGAAGCGGCGAAUCGCGACCAGCGCACAUGCAGGCGCGGGUUGCGUUCACUUCAGGAUGCAAACGGGGCUCCAGAAUGGAUCCUGUUCGCAUCCAGAGGUGCCACUGUAUGCAAAUUAAAAGUGAAAAAAUGAAAUCAAAUGUAAAAACUGAACAGGAAAAUGGGUACCAUCUCCAGGAAUUGCUCAGCUGCUAGCCCCAAUAAUAUGAAUGGGAACCUUGCAAAAUCCUGUUUUUGGCUAGCUCCUCUUUAUUUCACUGUAGCUUGUGCACAAGGAGUGUGGCAUCCCAAAAAUGCUCUUUACAUUGACAUGUUUCUUGUUGCUUUGUUCUAUUCUCCCGUAAGGUCUUCUAGCACGCUAGAAAGCUUCUAUUGUGCCGAGAGUUGUUGUCUCCACAUGUGUGUGUGCUGUUAUUUCUUAAAGGAAAGUUUUGUGUAGUAGUUUUUUUUACCUGCCUCUCCUUGUCUUUCAGAUUGACCCAAAGGUUGCAUUUCCCCGCAGAGCACAGCCCAAGGUAGGUACUUGUUUACAACUUUUGAGAGUGACCUCUCCCCAACCAAUCAUACAGAUGCUUUGGGGUCAUCAAACUUUGGAACCGCUUCCUUGGCCACCAGGCAGAUGCUGGGUGCUGGAGCUCUUCCUCUUGGGUCGAUGUACAGAUGAGCCCUGGGCUUUUCCAGCUCCUUGCAGCUGAAACCUCAAUGUUUUUAGAGCAUGCUGGUUAUUGGGUUUAUGCCUGUUGUUUCAACCACCAGUGGUCUUCCCUGAUGAUGGAACAGAGAUGGAAACUGCACAAGAAGCACCUUUCAAAGCGGGACUCCUCACCUGGGGCUACCUUGCAGUGUUCCCUUCUGUCAAAUGUGCCUUUCUUUUGAGUGUCCACACUUCAUUUUUCUAAACCUCCCCGUGGCUCCAGUUUGUGUUGGUCUUGCUUCUUUUUGGGAUUAAGAUGUCCACUUGCAUGCACUCGAAGCUUGGCUGCCCUCUUCUUAAGUAAGACCUUUGUCCUUGGCUCCUGAUGGAAGGAAACAGUUUUAUAAGUGACCCGAAGAGAAGCUUAGAGGCAACUGCUUGAACUGUGACCCGCUGCAAGCUUGAAUGGUCUAUAUUUUACUUUUUACUAGAAACCAAAGGUUUAACCCUGGGGUCGGCAACCUAAGGCCCAUGAGCCACAAGCGGCCCACGGGGGUCGUUUAACCAGCCCCCGAGCCGCCCCUGAACCAAGCCGCCUGCUUGGCAAGUCCCCGCGUGCUGCGCUAAACCAGCGCAGUCCAGGGACUCGCUUCCGCAGCGCUGAAAAUCGCGUCUGUGCAUGCGCAGACGCCGGAAAUCAUGGGUGCACGUGCAUGAGCAUGCACGAUCCGGCCCACAGAGGGAUCUCCACUGGAGUGAACCAGCCCAGGCGAGGUAAACCUUGCUGACCCCUGGUUUAACCAUUUGGAUGCAAAACGGUGGCUUCAGCAGGGGUGUGGGGUGUAAGACCUGUGAUUCAUAUACUGGGCUGACCUGAAUGAGUUCAGGAACCUGUGGCCCUCCAGAGAGCGAGCCUCAUUUAGCAAUACAUUGGCUUGCAUGGUGGUUUGCGAAAGUUCAAAGGGACAGGUCCUUGCUCCAGGGGACUAAUCAUCUAAAAUUUGACAUUGGGGGAGGGGAGGGAGAACUGAGGCAGGAGUGAAACGAGGAAAGAAUAUGCAGUUAGCUUGAGUUUUAUUUUGUUGGGUUCUCGCUACUCUUUCCCUUGCUACAGACGCUUUACCUGCUGACAUCCCCUCUUCUACGCGAAUCUCAAAAGACCCAAUUUUCAUGCUGCUCUUAACUGCUUUUAAUCAAAAUGUUCAAAUAUUGCAUUUAAAGCUUGUGAGCUGCCCAGAGAACAUACGCCGUUGGGUGGCCACAGAAGUGUAGGAAGUAAAAUAAAGGCACCUUUUCUGCCCUUUGUCCUUGGGCUUGAUGCGCAAAUGAGGAGGGUUGGGUGGAUGGGUGAACCCAAGGAGAGGGAACGUGAUGUGUGCCAGCCAGCGAAGCAGGGAUCAGGGCAGUGAGUGCUCAGGUAUCCCAAGUAACCAGCACCGCAAGCACAUGGUUGGAAUUGGGUUAAUUCCAUUAAGCAGUUUUGGUGACAGAAGGCGCUUUGCUGUUUGGGCGGGCUGUUCUCUAAGGCUUGGAAUUGCUGCGGAUUAGCUCUGUGCACUCCUUGGGGUAAUUAGGAGCAUGUGUUUCUUGCAGAGCGGGGAUACAGCCAUCCCGGGGGGGUGGGGUGGGGAGGGCAGCAGUGUGAAGAGAGAGCCUAUUUGAAAAGAGCAUCCCGGGCCCUUUCUGAGAACAGGGAGUUCUGCAGGGCUGAAGGGACCAGGAAGACGUACAGAGAAGUCUCUUUCCACAAAUGCACUUGCCCUUUCUGAGCGUCUCAGAGUGAAUGUUUUGCCAGCCAUGCUUGGGGUGUGUGUCUGCCUGUCUCUCUUGCGGUGACUUACCAGCACUCCUGCAUCAGAUGCAGGGCCUUGUUGUGAGUCUCAGGUGGAAGGGAGAAAACACACACACACAGCGCUACAGUCCAACAGUUCUCCUAUGCAAGUCCUGCUGAAGUGAAUGGAAUGAGCUGUUCAAAAGCACCCUGUUUAAAAGCUGUUGAAAACAGGAUUUAAUGGGUAGGCAAAGAAAGCAAAGCGGCGGGGGAAUAAGUAGUUUGCAAGCAGACAUUUCAUGCAGGGGGUGUCACAGUGAAAAUUCUGGAUGAAGCGAAGCUGAAUUCUGCAAAUUGUAUAAGUUAUGCAGAUUAAGUUUCUAGGUUGCAUAGCUCCCUGCAAUGCAGAAAUCUCAACUAAAGCUAAGUUAUUCUGCAUAAUUUAAUUAUUGGGAGGGGCAAAGAGCUAAGCAGAGGUCACCAAAGCACCACCUGUAACUGCUGUAAAGGUUGUUCAUCACAUCUAGCACUUAUAAUUGCACAAGGCAGCAAACCACCGGAACCUUAAGGACUGGAACUUGGCUUCUUGAUUUUUUUUAAGGGAAAAAGAAUAUUUGUUGGUGUUCUUUCUCAGGAAGCAGGAUUCUUAAUAUGCAUGGGAUAGUGGCUCAUGGAAAUGUCUUCCUUUAAACUUGCACAUAAAUCACGGGAUGGUGAUAGACAGCAUAUUUUCUUUAGCUGGCAAAGUGAAAUGAAGUUUUUGUAGUUUUGAAGGAGUGGCCCUUUUUGCUGUCCUACUGCCUUCUUGUCCUUCUGUCUUCUAGAUGGUGACACGGACCAAGAAGAUAUUUGUGGGUGGCCUCUCCGUGAACACCACCGUGGAGGAUGUGAAACAGUAUUUUGAACAAUUUGGGAAGGUAAGUGCUUUGGGUCCAGUUAAGCAGCCAACUGCAUCCCUCCUCCGGGUAUAUCUAAACUGCAGCCAUAACCUGGUUAGCAAUCUGGGAAAUGUAGUUCAGUCAGUGGAGGCAGGGAGGUGUUAGAAAGCAGAAUUUUCAGUACUCUCACCAAACUUGCAAUUCCCAGGAUACUUUGCAGGGAAGCUGUGAUUGUAUAAAACCAAUAUUACACCUUUUGGGGUUUGCUGAAGGAAAGGAUUAGGAAAUGCAAUGUUUUCCUUGCUAAGACAUCCACAGAUAGCUUGGUGUUCUGUCAGCUGACCUGGGAAAAAGCUGCCUGGCCUGUUCUUCUGCCUUUAAGACCAGUCUAAAGUGCAGAAAUCAGCAGGUGAUCAGUGGUACCACUUCCUGCUAAUCACCAGAGCUGCUAAAGGCAGAGCUACAAGGACUGCUUGUAAAGUUGGCGAUUCCAGCUUCACGGGAGGUUUAUUUUAAAGGUGUUUUGCCUUUGGGUGCCUCACAAAUUCACAGAACGUGAAGUAACCCAACAAGUCAAUGCUCCCUCUCCAACCCAGAUUCUCCUGAGAUGAGGCUGAGGACUAGUGGCAUGGCCAGUUCAUAGUUCUAGGUGAUUUGUAUUUUCAUUAGAGCCCUAAACCAUGUGAUCUUCAACUAAGUUUGAAGUUCUGACCCUAAGAGUUAUUCACUCCUAAGCCUUAUAGUUGACUGAACCCCUUCCACACUCUUCAAAUAGUUUCUCUCUCUCUCUCUCUCUCUCUCUCUCUCUCUCUCUCCCCUUCCCCAAACAAUUAAGACAUUUUGGUGCCUGAGAUGGAAAGUGGCCCUUCCUGUUACUUGAUGAUGGUAAUAAAUUUAGCUUGUUGGUUACUGGACACAUAAGGAUUCUCCAGACAACUCAGAAAAUGUUAAAAGCAUAAAGCAUGACGUGAAAUCAGAAAAAAGAACAAUGCGUUCACAAAAAGCCGUACAGUAAUCCAGCUGAACAGCACCAGAAUCAUUCUAUCAAUAGGGAGCAAAGUCAUGAUAAUCCUCCCAGUGCCUCAAGUUGUAAGUUUUUAACCUGGCGCUGAAAGGCUGUUAAUUAAGAGACCCCAGUGCAGGGCUCAAUCAUCCAAGAAGCUCUUCCGUGAACUUGCACAGAUCCCCCGGUGAAUUAAGUUCCAGGGAUCAGACCUGUUAGCCUCCCACACUGCCACCACAGUCUGAUACCUGUGGUGGUCAUCUUCCCUUUCUGGGCGUCUCCUGCCCUCUUAUCUUUCAGAGACCUGUGAUGCCACCUUAUCCAGAUUUCAGUUUCAUCUAAGUUGCUCCCCAACUCUUGGUACCUUUUUUUUUUUUUUAAAGUUCUUAGUCUUCAGCAACUAGCCCAAUUGCCUGCUUUCGGUUGUUGGGAGCUGAAUCUGAGCCAGAACACUGAUGCUGUGUGAACUUUUUUUGUUAGUGUAUAGCCAUCCUAUUUUACUUUUUUAUUUUAUUUUAUAAACAUAUAAAUAACUUCCAGAGCGUGGCUCAGCCUUAUCCCCCAACCUGGUACCCUCCAGAUACUUUGGAUUUGACAACUCCCAUCAACCGUCAGCGUUAUGUGCCAUGCUGGCUGAUGAUCUGAAGGGGAAGGUUGGGGAAGACUGGCAUAAAAACAAUAUAGUCAUCAAAAUACAGUUGUACCUUGCGAGUAGAACGUUUUGGUUCCUGAAUGCCGCAAACCGGGAAGCGAGUGUUCCAGUUUGCAAACGUUCUUUGGAACCUGAACAUCCGGCGUGGGUUCCGCGGGUUCUGAUUGGCUGCAGGAAGCUCCUGCAGCCAAUCGGAAGCCGCGCCUUGGUUUCUGAACAUUUUGGAAGUCGAACAGACUUCCGGAACGGAUUCCGUUCGACUUCUAAGGUACGACUGUAAUAUGAAGUGGUGGAAAGAAUAAAACAGCAGGUCAAAAAUACAGUGCCGAAACAAAAAAUGGUUGGAAAAGUAGAAAGGUCUUUGUCUGGUAUGCUGUGAGUGAGCUUCCCUCGAGAGAUAGUUGCCCAGGCAGGGUGUCAUAGGAACAAAGGAGGAACGUAGGAAGCUAUCUUAUACUGAGUCAGGUCAUUGGUCCAGCUAGCUCAGUAUUGUCUGCACUGACUGGCAGCAGCUUUCCAGGGUUUUAGGCAGGGGGUCUCUCUCGACUGUACCUGGAGAUGCUGGGGAUUGAACCCGGGACCUUCUGUGUGCAAGGCAGAUGCUCUGUCACAGAGCUCUGGCCCACCAUUAGUCACGCACCUCUAUUCAGAAAGUGGGUUGGCUCCAGUAAUGGGCCUCCGAAAACGACCUGAGUCCACCAGCAGGUUGUCCUUGUGGCACAAGUCCCAAGUGGCGUGUAGUGCUUUAAAGGCGAUCUGCCAACACUCUGAAUUCUGCUCGAAACCAGAUGGUGAGCUCUGUCAACACUGGCAUGGUGAUGUGGUCCUAACAGCUGGUCCCAGUUAGCCGCCCAAAGCAGAUGUGUUUUCAGGUACUCUCUUCUGUACAGUCUUCAAGGGCAGCCCCACAAACAUUUUGCAUAUCUGUUUUCCUGUUAUGGUCUAUUAAUAGCUUGUUCCAGUGUGAAGGAUUAUGGGGGGCACUUUAAAAGGGCUCAGAUGGGCUAAUUCUAACAAGUAACCAUGUGCCUUUCUAUAGCCACCAGGGUCUUUUGGGGGUGGGGGGAUAGACCCAAGCUUGUGAAUGCUUGCUAACUGCUGCCUGGUGAUUCUUAGCUGAAUGCAGGAGAGCUAAGUGGGAACCUUCUAAGGGUUUAAAGGAAAAAAAUCAUAUAAUUGUGCAGUUGGAAGGGACCCAAUGCAGGAAUCACACAACCAAUGGCAAUUUUGUGAGGUUUGUGAAAUCCCCACCAUUGUCUGUCCAACCCCACUCACAGGCUAUGGGGUAGUGUGCCUCCUUGGAAGUGAAUACCGUUCAAUCUGUGGAACUUCCUUCUGAGCAAGUUUUUUAAAAGUUCAUCAGGAUUUAAUGUGAAAUGCAUAUUUUUUUAAAAGAAAGAUUCCAGCAGAGAUUAGGCACCACUGUCUGUUCUCUUUCUCAGGACCCCCAUUUUUAUUUUUAUCUUACUUUUACUGGUUUGUUUACGUACCAUGGUGUGAUGCAUUUGGAUAACUAUUCAGUCUCAUUGACCCAAAUGGCAUAGGGUAGCCUUAGAAAAAGUCAGAACCAUUGGGGUGGAGGUAUUAUGAGUACUCUUUCUAAGCGUAGGAGGCCAUGGGAGGAAGGUUUGGUUAAUGGAGUUACUACCUACUUUUGAUGAAAAGAAAACUGGUAAACUGGAGGAGGAUGGGAAUCACAAGUGAGGAGAGUUGCUGCUGCAUUCAUGACCUGCUUGUGGGCUCCCCUUUGGGGCAUCUCGUUGGCCACUGCGAGAACAGGAUACUGAACUAGCUGGGGCAUUGUCCUGAUCCAGCUUCAGGGCUCUUUCUAACGUUCUUAACUGGGGGUGAUGCCUUAACUUUCAUGGAGGGAGAGACACAUGGUGGGAGAGACCUCCUUGUUCCCUACAGGCCCUCUUGGGUGCUGAGAUCAGCAGAGGGGGUCCUCUUGGUAGUUCCUCUGCCCUCAGAUGCUCGGGGUGAUGGUGGUGGCUUGGGCCAGGGCCUUCUUGUGGUGGCCCCUAAGCUGUGGAACUCCCUCCCCACAAAGGUGCGUCUAGCACCUUCUGGGGAAUCCUGAAGACUGACCUCUUCAUCCUGGCUUUUGACACUUUGGGGUGCAUGUUUUUAAGACCCACCUUACGUUUAUGAUCGUAACCUGUUCAAAAUUGUUUUUGAAUAUUGUGUUUCAAUGCUGUAACCUGCCCUGGGGCCGCAGGGUGUGAAGGGCGGGAAUUAAUAAUACUGAAAUUGGCAUGAUCCAGGAGGAGCGGAACCACACCUUUGCCCGGGAUCUUGCUGUUUGCCCAACUGCUGCCAGAUUUCAAGUAUCUGUAAUCACAGAAAAGUAGAGUUGGAAGGGGUAUCCAAAGGUGCAGGAAUUACAGCGUAGUUGUCUGUGCAGGAGACGAAUCUUCCCGAAUGUGGGUUUGAGAGAGAGCUCACAGCCCUUUUGCUUUCCUUCCUUUGCCCCUGCUACACAUCCUGCUGAACUCCUUACAAAAUUACUUCCUGGGGCAGGCGGCUCCGGCGUUUGGAUGGCAUUUGAUACUUGGCAGCUGCUGUCGGCCUUCCCUCCUGGCCAGGAGAGCCAGCCAGCUGCUGUUGCACAUGACUCUGCGCCCUGUGUGGAUCCUAAGCUCUCUUCUAUGACGUUGCUUCCACAGAGCCCUCCCUUAUGUGGCCAUGGAUGCUCUUUGAUCAGUAGUUGGCAGUGAAGGGGGCACCUUCGUGUCCCAGCAUAGAUCAAAGGUACAGAUAUACAAAUGUGUAGUUUCCCCCCUCCCCCUCACUCCCCCCCUCUGUCUUCUGGCUCAAAGAAUCACAAAACCAGCUUCACCCUUUUCGUCUCUGUUGCUCGCCUAGUGUUGCCCAAAGACUUUUGUAGAUAGUUUUAUCAUUAUCUGUAUAGUUAGACUUAGAUGUAGGAAAAACAAUAAUAAUAAUACAUUUCAGCUGUUUAUAGUGAUUUUUUUUCUUUUUUACCCUUUUCUUUCCCACUGUUGUUGUGUUUUAAUUUUUUGUACGUAGCUUUGAAGGUCGCAGAGUGUAGAUGACCGCGGUAGCACAUGUGUGUUAGCGACGCUCCAUUUUCAUAUCCACUUCCAAAUCAUAUGCUUAGCCAAUGAAUGUAGAACUUGAAAACAGGUUCUUUUUUUGGGGGGGGAGCGAAGAGAAGUGGCUGUGUGUAUAUCUCUCCCCUGCAGCAAACUGAUUUCAGAAUUUGCCUCUGCCAGCAGCAGCUUGGUAGUGAAAGGAUUCUACAGGACUUUUCUGCAUGGAGCUCUUUCUUGGCCUAAGUAAUGUAUGAAUACAUGGAACAGGUGGGUCAGGGUUUAGCAGAGAGCUGGAAUCAGAAGCCCAUCCCUUGCCCAAACUUCUGGUUCAUGCUGAUUUGGUAUCAGGAUAGGCCCUGCUAAAGUGGUCCUCGUCCAGCCUCUGAGACCCAAGUAUGUAUUUAUUUAUUUCAUGAAAUUCAUACACCUCUAGACUGUUUAAAAAACCUCAAAGUGGUUUGCAAAGAGAGUAAAACAAUAAAGCUAUCAGUAAAAACAACUCUUUAAAACAUUCAAAAGAUAAAAUCGGCAAUUAAGAAAAAACAAGAUUUAAACAUACACCAGCAUUCUACAUGACUGGGUUGGCUUAUCAAUAAAUAAAAAUGUUUCUAGCAGUACUGUACAGUGAAGGUGCCUGCCUGAUGUCAAUAGGCAGGGAGUUCCACAGUGUUGGUGCUGCCACACUACAAUAUUUAUUUCUUAAAAUGCGGAAUGGGUAUUACGUGGCACAUGUAGCAGUGCCAGUUCCGCAAAUCGAAGCAGUUGUGUGAGCAUAUUUGGGGUAAUGAGAUCUCACAGGUAAACUGGUCCCAAGUUGUUAAGGGCUUUAUAUACUAACACCUUGAACUUGGCCUGGUAGCAAAUUGGCAAUCUACCACAGCCAAUCAAGUGCAAUGGAAACCCCACAUGAAACCUUGAAGUUAUAUCACUCCACAAUGAUUAUUUUAAUUUAUUACCCAUUCUUCGCUCUUAAGGUCCCAGGACACGUGCCAACAAUUUAAAAGUCAGCUUAAAAAAACAGUUUUUAAAACUUGUACCUAUAAAAAGAAAUGCAGUCAUGAAAAUAAGGUGGAUCCUGAAAAUAUACAUCUCAAGUCCAAAGACCAGGAUAGAGGACCCCUCCAGACCAGUGUUUAUUUUUUAGUGGGUGUAAUUCUGCAACAUUCCAUUGACACAAUAACAGUGCAUUAGAGGUGGAUUUAUGCAGGACUGAUCACACAUCAUUCUGCUUUAUUAGCUGACCUGUGAUGCUUCCCCAGCGUUAUUGCUGUCUGGCUGUGUGUGUGCUCUAUAGUGGAACUGAACAACAACAAAAAAGCAACAACCCUAGAAUAUUCGUAAUAUUAAAAAGUUGCCUGAUUUCAGCAGGAAGUUGCAGGACAUCCACUGAUUGUAAAGUAAGCAGUACGACCUCCCUGGAGAUCUGCAGGUGCAAAGAGUAUUGAAAGUGGAUUGAUGGCUGUUGGCUAAAUAGUAAAGAUUAGAGCAUUGAAACCAGAAUUACUUAGAACCACCCUGAUACCAUUGUGAGCUCAGAUCGUAAUGGAUGCACAAGAAAAAAGGAUGCCUGGAAGGACCCCUAGGCCAAGAAGCUAAGGGCUGGCUCAGUCGCAGUUUCUCCCCUUAAAACUGGAGGAACAAAUUGGAUAAAUUGAGGCUCUGCCCAGUCCUUUAUUUGGGGAUGAGACACUCCAAAUCCUCCAUCUCCUGUAUAAGAGGAGAAAUUUGAAGCAGUUUGCAUUUGAAGCCAAAUCUUUCAAAUUUGCAGUAUGCAAAGCACAGCUUCCCUUGGAAACCAACACUUAGCUGAAUUUUGUGAAGCAGUUUUGCAACCGAAGAGCUUUUAUAAAGAAUGCAUAUUUAGGGGAAAGUGUGCAUAAAGAUGAAGGAGUUAGUGAAAAUAACAUACAGAAAUGCGUUGCAUUAGGGAAAUCUUGCAAAAAUGUGUACAAUAGUCAAAACUGCAUUACAAAGGUGUGUGUUAGAAGAAAUGCACACUAAAAUACUGAUGAAUUUAAAAGAAAGGAUGAAAGGAGCAAAUUGCUGGAAAAUAUGGAGAGCUGAAAUUACGAUGAAGAAGAAUAAGAGACUGAGGGAACCGAGAUUGACAGAUCCUUCCAUCUCUAUUUCAGUCUAUAAGAAGUGUCAGUUCCUGGCAGUUCUUGCAGGAGAGCAAUCCGUUGCUUAGCCUGUAAAUCCUGCUCCAACUCUGCUUCCUUCUGUUGGGGGGGGCGGGCAGAUGGCUCAGAGGAUGGUCCCAGGGCCUGCCUUCCAAUUCUGUUGCUGAAGAUGAGCAGGCCGGCCCUCUAAGCUGCUUGGCUAGGAGCUAUAAGCAAGCUGCUCUGAGCUCCUUGAGGGAAAAUCAGGGUAGAGCAAUCAAACUAAAUAUAUAUAGUGGACUGUCCAGGGCUCCGGUGAGACUGAUCAAAGCAGCAAACCCUGGGAGCCAGUUUCUGACAACGUCCUGUCAUCUGCCUACAAAAUCCACAUGUGACUGGGGCUAAGAAGCGGGCAUGCUGGAGAAAUGUGCCAACUAAUGAACGGCUUCAGAUUACUCGAGUAAGUGAGCCAAGUCACUGCAAGGGAAUUUAAACACACACACACACACACCUCGUUCUGCCCUGACCCCUCCAGUUCCUAAGCACAUGUAAAAUCCAGCAUGUGCAUCAGGGGGAAAAAUUAGAGAAGUCUGUGGGUGGAUGUGGGGGAGAAGAACACAAAUUCUAUGCUAGUCAGCAGAAACUUAACUGGAGGAAGAAGGACCACCAGCUUUCCUUCCAGGGAGCAUCAAAUUGCAGCAGCUUAUGUGAGAUGUCAGGAGUCUGGUAUGGGGCUUAAGUACUUUGGAAGGUAUGUAGGCAUGCAGGACUUGAAAGGAAGUAGUCAAGUGCACCACCAGCUCCUGUGAUUGGCCAGCAGUAUGACCCACCUGGAUUGGCUGGUCCAAGUAUAAAGACUGUGAGAAUCUUGGCUUUCCCCCCUCUUCACCUGGUCAACAGCAUGGAUCCAGCUGCCAACUGAAAUCUGAUUUGUUGGGCUGGAUUUUGGUGUGUCUUUCUCUCUCCCACCCUUAAUAUGAGAGAGCACGGUUGACAUGGUGAAUUGGAUGCCGCCUUGCAGGCUGCUCAGCCAUCCUAAAGCAGAUGUUUCUCUUUUUGGCAUUUUUAAGGGCACUCUCCCUGACAACCAGCUCACAAGGGAAAAGUCAUUGGCCUUUGUUUUAAGGUCAGGUUUACAGAAGGGUCUUUAUUUGCCUGCUUUCCCUUCUCCCUGGGAGAAAACGCCGCUCAGUUAUCUCGUAGAAGUAUUGACAGAUUUUGCUGAAACUCUGGAAAGGAGAGAAAAUUCACAGAGGGUGAUGCACCUUCCUUCUCGCCUCCAGUUUUGCUGGAUUUUUAAUAAUCCCACUCAGCCACACACUCUGGAAACUGGAAAAGGUCCGAUUGGUUCUUGGCCAGCAGCGGUUUGCAAUUUUACAUCUAUAUCAUAAAUGCCUGCUUCUAGAUGAGACCAUUUCUAAUGGCAGGGGAGCAUUCACUUCUAUAACUGAAUAUUCCCCCCAAACAGAAAUACUUUUUGCGCAUAGAGAACUUUCAAGGGUUAGAACCCUUCUCCUUCUAGUUUUCUAUAAUAUAUUCCUAAGCUCAUCGUCUCCAGAUAUUUUAGGCUAAAGCUCUCAUGCUCCCUAACCACUGGCAGUGUGGGCUGGGGGCUGAUGGGAGUUGUAGUCCAAAAUAUCCAGAGAGCAUCAGGAUAGGGAAGGCUGUGUGUGUAUAUAUACAUAUAAAUUUAUAUAUUGCUUGAUUGUAAAACAAAAGAAAACCUCAAAGCUGUUUACAAAAAGAAGGAAACAAUGAAAUUAUUUUAACUCAGUUAAAAACAACUAUUUAAAACAUUUAAAAAAUUAAAAUCAACAAUAAGCUAAAAAGCUGAUUAAAGUACAUGUCAACAUUAUUAUGCAUGUGCAAACAGGCUUCCCUAAACAAAAAUAUUCUUAGCAAACACUCAGAAGAAUACAGCAAAGGUACUUGCCUGAUGUUAAUAGGCAGGGAGUUAGUAAGUGUAGGUGUUGCCAUAGUAAAAUACUAAGUUUUUACAAAUGCAGAACAGGUAUUACGUAGCACCUAUAACUGCCAGAUCUUCAGAUCAGAGCAGUUGAGUAAGGUGUUGAGUAUAUGGAGUAAGGUGAGCUCACAGGUAAACUGGUUCUAUAUAGUGAGGAAACUUGUCCUCCAGAUGUUUUUUGGACCACAACUCCUGUCAUCCCUGAAUACUGGGCCAUUGAGGCUGGGGUUGAUGGGAACUGUAGUCCAAAAAACAUCUGGAGGGCCACACGUUCCCUAUCCCUGAUCUGCACAAACAGGCAAGGAAGUAAAUGUCUUUCUUAGCUACGCCAAUUCAGCUAUGCUAAAUCUAUACAUGAAAUAGAUUCCAUGUACCCUUGGAGGUAUAUAUAUUUCACACAUACAAUCUAUACUAAGUCUGCAGUGGCACAGCUGAGGCAGAGUUUUCCUUCCUUGCCUGUUGUUUGUGAACACCUGUCCUUCAGGGAUUAAGUGGUGGAGUCGCUCCCUCUGGGUGGUGUGUUGAGCCUGCAGCUAUAACUAGGUGAGAGACUUGGUUGCAAGGAAAUUAUUGUUCACGCCUGCUGCUACUUACCUUGCCCCGUGAGAUACCUCCUCACAUUGGAGAAGUGGCACACAACUAGAUCCCUGCAUGCUUCUGGGUCUGUUUGGCUCUCCUGCGAUGCCUCCACCCUCUAGGCUUGAACAUGUAAACCUGCUGUCCUUCCAUUGGACUACAGCUCCCAUCAGCCUCAGCAUCGUAUGGCCAUUUUGGCUGGGGCUGAUAGAAGCUGCAGUUCAAAACAGCUGGAGGGGGCACCAGCUUGGGGAUGACAGGUACAUAAGAACAUACGGAUAACCUGCUAGGUCAGGCCAAUGGCCCGUCUGGUCCAACCUCACAGUGGCAAACCAGACGCUCCAUUGGGAAACCUGCAAACAGGAAUUGAGCAACAAGAGCACUCUUCCUCUCCUUCGGUUUCUAGAAAUUGGUAUUCAUAAGCAUUUCAGCCUCCAGCUGUGGAGGCGUCAUGACUAGUACAGUGGUACCUCAGGUUAAGUACUUAAUUCAUUCCGGAGGUCCAUUCUUAACCUGAAACUGUUCUUAACCUGAAGCACCACUUUAGCUAAUGGGGCCUCCUGCUGCUGCCACGCUGCCGGAGCACGAUUUCUGUUCUCAUCCUGAAGCAAAGUUCUUAACCCGAGGUAAUAUUUCUGGGUUAGCGGAGUAUGUAACCUGAAGCGUAUGUAACCCGAGGUACCACUGUAGCCAUCAGUAGCCCUCUCCACCAUGAAUUUGUCUAAUCCUUUUUUAAAGCCAUCUAGGUUGGUGUCCAUAACGGCCUCCUGUGGGACUGUCCUGUUCUUCCUUCUACCCUGAAUCCUAAACAUUCAACUCCAUUGGAUGUAAAUAAAAAGCAAAACACAGUAGCGGUGAUAGGAGGUUUCCUCCUCCCCACAAGAUAAGUGAUUCUGGCCUAGUUUUCUCUGUGAUAAAUAAAUCUUGCAGCUGUGGCUUUGCACCAUGGCACGCUCCUCCGUUUGGAAAGCCCCUCCGUGCAGAAAGCUAUCCUAGUCCUUUCCCUGACAUGCUACCUCAAUGAGUGCAGUCUGGGUUUUCUGCAAAGGAUCAUUCCAUCGUUUAUGUCCCCUCUUGUUUUGAAGUGGCCCAGCUCGGAUGCAGGUUUCAUCCGCCUCAGUGGACACUAGGCCUCUGCACUAGAUUAGAGAUCCCUCCCUCUCUCACACACACACGUUCUAAAAAUAAAAUGCAGUGCACUUCCUCUCCCCCCCACCUGACUCAGAGUUCCACCUCCAGAUAGGAUGUGAAGGUGGAACGGAAGUGAGGCUGAGGGGGCGUUCUGCUAUUUAUACCCUCUGUCUCUAUAAGCGAAGGCCUCUCUUUCUGAAUACGCUCUCUGCCUGUACUCCUCAGCGGCGCUUUCUUCCAGAAAAGCUUUUGGCUGGCUUGUGACGCCUACGGCAAGGAGUGGCGGGGUGGAUUUUAUUUGGGAGAGACGAGACACAGUUAGUAAACACCCUCCUGCCGCCGGCUCGUGGAUGUUAAAUCAUCUAAUAACUACACGGUGCUCUGUGGCUCAGCCUUCCCCCAAGCUGGUCCCUUCCAGCUGCUCUUGGACUACAACUCCAAUCAGUCCCAGUUGCUGGGAGCCGUAGUCCAAAACGGGGGACUUUGAAUGUCCAGAAGAAGAGAGCCUAGAUCACCAUGACGGUCACUUCUCUAUAACUAGACUACAGUGGUUCCUCAGGUUAAGUGUUUAAUUCGUUCCGGAGGUCCAUACUGAACCUGAAACUGUUCUUAACCUGAAGCACCACUUUAGUUAAUGGGGCCUCCUGCUGCUGCUGUGCCGCCGGAGCACGAUUUCUGUUCUCAUCCUGAAGCAAAGUUCUUAACCUGAAGUACUAUUUCUGGGUUAGCGGAGUCUGUAACCUGAAGCGUAUGUAACCUGAAGUGUAUGUAACCCGAGGUACCACUGUACUGCAAAACUGGUUCUUUGUUUGAAACUCUGGGAAGCUGCUGCUGCUGCCAGUCAGUGUGGACAGUAUGGAGCUGGGUGGACUGAUGGUCCACUUCAGUAUAAGGCAACUUGGGGAGGGAUGGAGCUCAGGGGUAGAGCAUCUGCUGUGAAUGCAGAAGGUUCAAUCCAAAGCAGGGCUGGGAUACACUCCAGCCUAAAGAUGGAUGCCAGCCAGUGUAGAAAGUAUUGUGCUAGAUGGGUCAACAGUUCCUAAGCUUCCUGUGUUCCUAAGCUGUGGCGCUGACCCGUAGUCUGGUGGAACGGACUUGUGACUGAGCUGAGAGCUUUGCACAGUGUGUGCGAGGGCGGACAGGGCCUCCCUCGUAGGAGGCUUUUGUGUGCCUGGAGGAGGAGGAGGAGGAGGGAACGAGUGGCCCUGGCUCUCCCUCAGGAGGCCCACAAGGACCAUCUCCUCCAUGAGGAGGGUCUGUCCCCAGCAGGGAUGCCUUUUGUGUGGCUGUUGAGAAGCGCUUUUUUUUCCCUGGGAGAGAGAAAGAGAGAGCAUUAGAGCUGGCGCUAAUCUGAUCCAGCAGCUCGGAUUGGAGGGGCCAGGGUUGCCACAGCAACCAGGCCCCAAGAGAAGCCAUCCCCAGCCAGCCUCUUUUGUUCCGGGGCGUUGGCAAAGCCAGCCACUGCGGCGGCGGCGGCCUCCCUCCGGAGAAGAAAAGGGCUCUGGAGAAUGGGGCCCAGGGGAGCAGCGGGGGGUCUCUCCCCCCCCCCAGCAGAGGGAUCUGCCCAAAGAGGCACCCAACGGGCAGCCGCUACAAUAGCCGCCCGCCGGGGGCUGCCACUCACACUUAGCGCUUGCCCGCCUGAACUUGGCGGCUCCGCCAUAAUCCCGCCUCUCCCCUGCCCUGGGUUUCCAUGGACACCGGAGCCUAUUGAGGACACACAUUUUCCGCCUGUGAAAUUGAAUGCCCACCCGGUGUCAGGGAAGGCCUCCCUCGUCAAUGGGGACGUGCUUGGAGAGCUCGAGGGGGGGGGAGAGGGGGAGACCGGCUGGCUGGCCGUUCCCAGGGAUGCUCCUGUCCACCAUCUUCUUCCCUCCUGGCUUUUCAUCCCAGGCUUCUUUGAUGCAGUGGAGGAGAGGGCCAUUCAUGCCUACCAGCUGUGAUGGUUGUGCUCCACAGUCUGAGAGAGCAAUGCUUCUGAAUACCAGUUGCUGGAAGCCAUAGGAAGGGAGAGUGCUCUUGUGCUCGGGUCCUGCUUGUGUGUUUCCCCCGUAAUGGGCAUCUGGUUGGCCCCAGUGAGAACAGGAUGCUGGACUUGAUGGGCCAUUGGUUAUGCAACCUUGAAGCCUGCCUCCAUUUCUCCGGGGCUUAGUGUGCUCGCUGACCACUUUGUGGAAGAUUUGGGGUUUUCUUAAAACUUGUCUUCCUGUGAAUAAAACACCAGAGAAGUGUAUUUCUGUGGCGGUUCAGUUCUUCGGCCUCUGCACUGGAACACAGGGCCCUUUUCUCAUCAUUAUCAAGAACUCCUAACAAAUUUUAUGUCCUUAAUUCAGGGUCCUUUGGUUCUGCAGAGUCUUUCUCCUUUGAGGGUUGGAAUUGUUCCUUCUCUGCUGUUUUAUGUGGUCUUCCCAGCCUACAGAUUAUGUUUUUUUAAUACAGGAAGACAGUGGUUUUUUAGUUAGGUCCUAAGGAGGGUGACUUUUUCAAAGACAGAGUUUCCUUUCUACAGUGUUCUUGCCUCUCGUCUUGGGCUUGUUCUUUGAGGGUAUCAUUUUGCUACCUGAGCAAAGAAUUUUAGUGAGUCCCCAGGAAAUCAAAGAGGUAGACAAAUAGGUGAUAGUGAUGAUGAUGAUGAUGAUGAUGAUGAUGAUGAUGAUAAUAAUAAUACCACCAUAUGUGAAGGAGUACCACUUCCUCCAGAACAGGACUGAGACCACAAAGGUGUUAGGCGACUAAAUGUGCACAGUGUUGUGUAGUGGUUAGAGUGUUUGGCUAGACCAGGGUUCAUAUUCUCCCACUCAGCUAUGAAGUUCACUGGGUGACCCUGGGCCAUCCGCACGCUUUCUGCCUGACCUACCUCACAGGGUUGUUGUGAGGACAAAAUAUUGGGGACAUGGAGGGAGAGCCUGGUAUGCCACCUUGAACUCUUCUGGAGAGGGGCCCCCCCCCCAGCCUUGGCAGAAUCCCCCGGUGGCACUGGAACCAGGAGGGUUUUGCCCCUGUCCUCGGCACACGUUAAUGCCUGCUACCUCGGGGUUAAUCAGGCCGGAACAGCAAGUGCCCUGUGCUCUAUCCCUCUGCCAGACGCUUCUACUCGAGACGCCCGCUGGUAAAGUGGAUAAUCUCCUUUUCUCUCUUGCCCUGCUUUCUUUGCCCAGCGCACGUCAAUCUUGAAACCCUUGCAACGUUGACUGCCAGGCUUGCCAAUUGACAGCGGCCCUGACCCUGAACACAGAAAGCCCAUUGUGAGCACCUUCUCCCUCUUUCCACCCCCCACCUCCUUCAUCCCGGCCUGCUGACGUUAUGGAAGGGCAGUUUCUGUGUCCUCCUGUGACACAAGGUAGACAAGGAAGCGGGGCACAGUUAGCAAUCCUAGCGAGGCCCUCCUCAACUUCCUUAGCCUCCUCCCACGGGGAUGGUGGUCUCAGGCCAACUGAACGGGCCAGCAACCUAGUUUUCAGGAACGGGCCCAAGGGUGCCAACUGUAUAACUGCCACGCUCUGGUUCCUUGGUUCCUGAUUCCAGGCUUUCGCCUCCAUGACAGACCUGCUCUUUUGCAGAAUCAUACCACUUUUCAGAAGACCGUUUGGCCACUGAACACUCAGAUAUGGUGAUUAUUGCUGAGGGAUAAUUCAUUAAUAGUUACUUGCUUGGAUAGCAAACUUGAGUGGGUCAAUGCAUUUCAGUUUGGAAACAGAACUGGGCUAUCUAUUUCCAGAUAACUUCAACUGGACCUCCAGGUAGGGCUGGGAAAUGUCCCUGACUUGAAACCCUGGAGAGCCACUGCUGGUCGGUGUAGAUCAGGGGUAGCCAGCUGUGGUGGUCUCCAGAUGUGGUUGUACUGUAACUCCCAUUAGUCCCAGCCAGCCUGGCCAGAACAUCUGGAGGUCACCACAUAGGCUACUCCUGGUGUAGACAACACUGGGCUAGAUAGACCAAUGGUCUGACUCGGUAUAAGAUAACUUCCAGCAGUAGAGCACCAGCUUUUCAUGCAGAACGUCCUGGUUUCGAUUCCCAGCAUCUCCAGGUAAGGGCUAGGAGAGACCUGAAAACCUGCCAUGCCACUGCUGGCCAGUGUAGAGAAUAUUGAGCUAGAAUGAAUGGAUGACCUGACUCAUUAAAGGGCAGAUUCCUAUGUUUCUGCUUAAAAUAAGGUCAAUGGUUUCUACAUAAAUGUAGAGGGCUGCUUUGGCUUGCAGAAAGGAUAUCGGCUUUAAUAUUUUUUUUUUAAAAAGAGAGAUUUAAAAAACAAAUGACAACCACCCAGUAUGGCCCAGCAAGAACCUGUGAGCUUUCAGGAAAUAAAUGGAAUGUAAGGGUUACUUGCAAGUGUCAGCUUGGGUGGGAGGGAAUAAGCGGAAGUGGGGGGGGGGGGGGUUGGAAGAAGGAAUUAGCCUUCUCAAGAUCCUAACAGAUUAUAGUAAGCAUCCUGGAUUGGGGAGGGGUGGGAGGGAUUAGGGUGGUGAGAGAUGUGUGCUGUGAGGUUAAUAAUACAUUUUUUUUAAAAAAACAACAACAAACCCCUGUGCUGUACAGGGCUGUUUCAGGAAGAAAGACAAGGGGAAUAUGUAUAUUUUCCCUUUUCACACUCUGCAGAACCUUCCUGGCUGUGUAGAUACCUGCCUUGAAUGUGUGAUAGAAAUGGUUAGUAAAAAAUGCAGGAAGCAAAUGUCUUAGGGGUUUGGGGUGGCAUUAUUAUUAAUAAUGAAUGUAUGAACAAUCAGGGUACAAAAUAAAAAUAGAAGGAAAAAAAGUUACAAAACAAUUAUUUGUUAUUAUUUAUUGAAUUUACUGUAUGUGCCACCCUUCCUUACACUCCAGAAACAAUUGCAAUUAAAUCCAUCUAAAAGCAGUUACAGUAGAGUAGAUUUUAUUUCUCCAUUCAGUUAUUCAAUUGAUAUUGUGUCCUUCCUCCCAAAGGAGCCCAGGGUGGCAAACACAUGCAUAAUAAUUUGUUUAAGUGUUCUGAAAACAGUUAAAACAUUCCAAAAAGCAGUUACAGUUAAAAACAUCAUUCUAUCCGGUGAUGUUAGGGUAGCCAUGAACAGUAUCCUACAUCCACAAAAUGCCUGGGUAAACAAGGAUGAUUUCAAAUUCCUCUGAAAGAUGAUAAUGAAGGAGAAAGGGUCAGCACACUGGGGAGGGCAUUCCACAAUUGGGGAGCCACCAUAGAAAGGGCCCCGUCAUGGGUCUCCGCCAACCACCAGUAAGGCCUUGCCUGCUGGCAGUAGGAUCUGAGAUGGUUGGUACUGGGGAAUGCACUCUUUAAGGUCUUUAUAUGCUGAUAUUAACAUCUUGAAUUUAGCCCUGUAGCUCAGUGGCCACCUCUACAAAUUCUAAAUAAAACAAUAAAACCAUUUAUACAUGUGUUCAAUUAAUAUUCCAUAAAUGGCUGGAUCACAUCUGGGAGAAAGCCUUAUUCAACAGAAGUAUCUUCCAUAGGCAUCAUUUGGGAAUAAUCCUCACACCUCACACUGAUGUAGAGUCUGAGGGGGACAGUUACUUGUCUAAGUUAGUGGUGUGAUCAUGGUGCCUGGACUACAACUGCCAUCAUCCUUGACCUUUGGUUGUGGCUGAUGGGAGUUGGAGUCCAACAACAUCUGGAGGCCACCUCUGCUUGAGCUCUUAACUGGGGUCAUCCUAAUUCAGAGCUCUGGUUUCUUUGUUACCCGACGAAAAGAUCCUCUGCAGGCUGCUUACUACAGUGUCCUUGUGACAGCAUAGAUAUGCUGGGCUUCCAUCCUCUCCAGCCAAGUGGGGAACAACUUGCCUUCCUGGAUUUUUAAUCCGAAUUGUGUUAGAAUUCUCCUUGCCUCUUUGGAAUGGCAUUACGGAUGAGCAGCUUACUAAGUGAUUACAUUUCCAAGUGGCAUGUUAGCACUUGAUAAACCAUCAUCCGUGUGUAACCGGAGUCUCUGGCCUGGAGGAUUUUUCUGGAUGCAGUCAUAAUGUUAGCAGUGUACAGGCUCAGUGGCAGAGCAUCUGCUUUGCAUGCAGAAGGUCUCAAGUUUAAUCUCUAGGUAGGGCCAGGAGAGACAUCCCCGCCGAAAACCUGUGUUGGAAACUCAAAUAUAUAUGCUAGACGCCAAAUGGCUUCUUAAACCACAGCUACGGUUGCCAAAAUGGAAUGUCCAGUUGCCAUUUUGGGGGCAAGACUGCUCUAAUGUCUUAUUUUUCAGAUGAUGGACUGACUGUCAUUGAUUCUUGGUUAAACAUCUGGCUCGUUCAGAUGACAACCUUGAGCUAGGUUAAGAGCUUUGAAAACUUAAAGAAGAAGUCGCUUGAUCCAGGGACAGUCUACGUAUAUAUUGGCCUAUUCCAACCUCUUUUUCUUAAUGAUGACUGCUCCUGCUCAGGCUGCACAGAAGAAGCAUUUUGGUUCCAGAAACUCGUUCCGAUUGUGCAGAUAAAAUAUAAUUGAUAGAAUUCUACAGGAUGGGGUCUGAGGAUGUGAAAACAGUCCAGAUCCAAUGAUCUCCCAGGCAUGCACCUCCAGAUGGUGGAGAUGUCAGGCAUCAUCCUGGUGCCCAGGCAUCUUCCCUUGGCUGCAAGUGGUCAGUAGCCAGGUGCAAAAGGCGUCUGGCACCUGGCUAAUUUCAAACACUGCCUGAACCCCUGGAGAACUGCUGCCAGUGUAUGUAGACAAUACCAAACUAGACGGACAAAUGGUCUGAUUUCUGCCUAAAGGAGCUUUCUAGGUUACUAUGGUUUUAUUUGUUUCUUUGUUGAAUGAUUGAUGGCCAUUUAGGGCAGUUCCACUUCUUUGGCAUUUGGGUGACCAAUCCAGAAGUGCCCAACAAAGGGGCUGGUCUGCCUAAGGUUCGGGCAGGAUGGGGGCGAAAGGCAGGGGCAGCACAGCCCGUCCCAGGACCUAUCUCAACAAACCUGGGCGCUUGUGGUGGGAAUCCUACAGGCGCCUCUCUCCCUUUAAAGAGACAAUGAAACAGCUUUGGUGCUUGGCUGCCCUUUCGUAGCACCCCAAACCUAGAUACAGUGGUACCUCUGGUUGCGAACGGGAUCUGUUCUGGAGGCCUGUUCGCAACAUGAAAAGAGCACAACCUGAAGUGCCGUAUCUGCGCAGGUGCGCAGUGCGAUUUGGUGCUUGUGCGCAUGCGCAAGCGGUGAAACCUGGAAGUAACCUUUUCUGGUACUUCCGGGUCGCCGCGGGACGUAACCUGAAAGAACGUAAUAUGAAGCAAACAUAACAUGAGGUAUGACUGUACCUGGAUCCAGCUGCCUUGCUUUGCCUGAUGAUAGGCAGAGAAGACCUAAGGCUUCGGGGGAUUAAGUCUAGGAACUGGUUCCCUUCCGACCCCAAACUCAAUUUCACUCCCCACCCCCAAUCUUUGUCUCUUGCAGGUGGACGACGCAAUGCUCAUGUUUGACAAGACCACGAACAGGCACCGAGGUGAGGCCCUGUAUUUUGAGGAGCCAGGCUUCGGGGUGUUUGAUGGGAACCCAGGCACCACUUGCGACUGCCUCCGCCCUCCUGCCCUGCCCCACCCUGCUUGCAGCUCCUUCCCACCCCCUUCCCUCCAGCCUCUUCCUUCCAGAUCCACUUUCCUUCGUCAGCCGUGUCCUUUUACCCGAUGCGUCCCCUCUCAGCACAGAGGGCUUUUUGUCUGCCUGCUUCCUGUGCCGUGUAACUCUUUGCCGGCGGGGGCAGCCUCUUCCCCUUCCCCUCCCUGGUCACCUACGUGGCUCCAUCUGUCUGUGUGUCUUACCUUGUCCUGAGUAAUUUGAGCCCCCGGGGAAGCUGACACGAAAGCCAGGAGGCUGCCUCUCCUCCUUUGCCGCAGCACGGGGGGUUGGGGCUGCGGCGGCGGCUGCUCCCACUCCUAGGUCACCUUUUCCCAGAGCCUCCCUUGGGGAGUUUGGUUACAGAGCAGGGAGCCUUCUGCAGGCUGCUGGCAGCAGACCACUCUCCUGCUUGGUGGUGGGUGGGUGUUGUGCCAUUCAAGGCAAGGCUCGCCCUCUGGGUUGAAGAUGACCGAUGUUACCCAGUGCCCCCAGCCCCUAGAUGCCUGACUCCUUUGGGAAUUAAGAAUAGCUCAUCCCUGCUUUCAUCUUUCACAUUUUGUUCCCAAACUGUUUUGGCCAACCAGCCUCUUGGCUCCAUAAACUCAUCUCCAUUCCCCUUACCUUACCCUGCAAAGAGUGUUGUUCAGAAUAACUGUUUGCACGACUCACUAAGGAAUAUAACAGCACAAUGAAAUUCAAAACGGAAACAGUUGAUUGCACAUUUAUUCAAAAAUCCAAUAAAAACCAUUUAGUUUAAUGAAUUCGGGAAAAUGGGUGGACUUGAGCCAGUGAUACUAAGUUUUCAAAGUCCGGUGGUCAUUUACAUCCCAUGCCACCCUCUUUCCUGCUUGGCACUCCCCUGGGUAAUCCACUGCCCCCUUUGGGAACCACUGGUCUAGGAUGCUGCUUGCUUUCCCUGAUGUGGGACUCCGCUACAAAAUGAUUUAAAAUAAUAAGAAGUAUUUAUUGGUGUUUUCACGCUGCCUCAGCAGAGAGAUAAAGGGUAGCUGCUUGUUGUUUUAAACACACACACACACACACACACACACACACACACACUCUGCCUCAUAUUCACUCUACCUGAAGGGGUUGCCAACUUCCCAGUCACUUCCAGUGCCUGUGACUUUUUAAACACGUUACCUUGCGAUGUGGUGCCUCCCUCUUAGUGCUGUAAAGGCUUUUUUUGCCUGCUGGCUUCAGCAGAUCAAACUGCUUAUGGAGACCCAAGUGCAGACUUAAGCAGGUCCCCCAUUGCCCCGCAGUUCCUCAGUCAAGUGACAACACUAAGCCUACCUGUAGAAAUACUUUGGCUUUCUGCAUGUGGCAAGGUUGAAAGCUAUGUUUUGCACAGGAAGCAAAUAAAUUCCUUUCCCCCCAACCUGCCUGCCUUGCAUUCACACAUGUGGUGAAAUCUGGUGGGGUAGCUUUUGAAAACCUGGUGCCCUCCAGAGGCUUUAGAAUACACCUCCCAUCAGUUCCUGACAGCUGAUGGGAGUUAUAGCCCAAGUCCAAAGCAGUAGUAGUACUCCUGAAUACCAGUCGCUGGAAACAGCAGGUGGUUGAGAGUGCUCUUGAGUCCUGCUAGAGAGCUUCCCCAUUAAGGCAUCUGGGUGGCCACCGUGAGAAUUGGACUGGAUGGGCUACUGGCCUGAUCCAGCAGGUUUCUUUGCAUGUUGUGUUUGUGUCUUGACAUUCUGACAGGACCUGAGCAGGGUAGGAUCCUGGCCUGGCCUUCAUUCUGCCAUAGAAUAUGAUUCUUCAGCAUCUCGACCAGGCCAUAACUGCUUUAUUUCUCUUUCAGGUUUUGGAUUUGUCACAUUCGAAAGUGAAGACAUUGUGGAGAAAGUCUGCGAGAUCCACUUCCAUGAGAUCAACAACAAAAUGGUUAGGAGGAGGAAGGUUGGGUUGUGGAUUCUGCAAUGUGUGUGUAUAUGAAGUGUUAGAUGGGUCUCCCUUCCUAUCGCACAGCACAGCCGCCUGUCUAUGAUCUAUGUGGCCAGUGAUUCCUAGUGUUGUCAACUAUAUGUGCACUGGGAAAACUUGACUAGAUUGGAGUUGCUGAUUUUUUUUAUUAUUUUAUUCUGGCAGGACUUAACAUGUCUUUAAAAGUUGCAUGAUGGGUGGUAAUUCAACAGGUGCAGCCCCCACCACCCAAAUAUGGGGAUGCAAUGAAGGGGAACACUCCACCCAUUGUGUUUCUGUCACUUGCACCACUUUUGAAGAGCCACAGGAGCCUUGUAAGGAGGAAGGAGGAGGAGGAAGUGGCAAUGGGGUUCCACAUUUAAUAGGGGACGGGGUGGAAAUGAGCAGGAAGAAUCCAAGCAGGAAAUGCUGUGUGCAAAGAACUGUUGGAUCCAAACUAGUUUAGGGCAAACUUUUUUUUAAGUUGUCGUGAUGGGAAACCAGCCUUUUGUGGCUUAGAAAGGAGACAUAAAAAGAAAAUAAUGGAGCCGUCUUUGCCCUUUAGAAGUUUUGGACGGCAAUUCAAAUCGGCCACAGCCAGCACAAAGUUGGGGAAUGGUUUUGCGGGCAUGGUUAUGGAAGGGAGGGGGGAUACAGCAAUUUUUACAGGGCUGGGCUUGAAGAAAGCUCUUCUGCUUGUAAAUCUGACUCCGGGGUUGUGAAGUGAGGGGUUGCUCUACAAGCUGACAUAUCCUACAUAGUUAGGGGAGCUGUCAAACAAGCUGUGUCCUUUCUGUGUCCCAUGCCAGGUGGAAUGUAAAAAAGCUCAGCCAAAGGAAGUGAUGUCCCCCACUGGCUCUGCAAGAGGGCGGUCCCGGGUGAUGCCUUACGGAAUGGACGCCUUCAUGCUCGGGAUUGGCAUGUUGGGUAAGGAUGGCAAAGGAGCUCUCUUCAACUGCCUGCGCCCCCUUACUCUUUCUCUCUGUCCUUAUUGCUCUGCAGCAGACAGCCUGUGUUAAGACCUGUGCCGAGUUGUGUAAGGAUCAGCUCUCUGAUGUCAGAGGUCUUGUGAUGGGGGUAAUGCAUUUGGGCGGGCGGGCAUUUGUCGUCCUACACUGCCCUCUUCUGGCAGAAUGGGCGCGCUGCAGAUAAUUCCAGUGCUAGAGCAGAGUUUCCCCAUGAAGGAGGUACACCUUCCCCUACAGAUUAAAAUUUGACACACACAUUGCUCUUGCAUAUGAAGAGCAUUCCUUUUGCAUGGUGCAAAAGUAAGAACUGCACACACUGCUUCCUGUUUAAAGGAGGUGAGGCGCCUCCAGAGCACUUAAAUCAUGCAGAGCUGCAGCACGGAGAUUUGCUCUGCUUGACGGUGUUUCGAACACAGCACAGGAUCCUUUAAUGACUGGACUAAGUAAAUGUGUGCCUAAAGAUUCUUUGUUCUUCUUAUCUUAAUUUUUCCACAAGUGCUGUUUUGCCAUAAUUUUGUUGUGACGACUUGUCAGAGAAGCAGUCUCUUAAGUUCUUCCAGUGUCUCAUUAUUGUGAGCCUGGCUGUUAGUAGAGGACAACCUAUUAAAGGUUUGAACUGUAAGUGAAUAUUGUCUCCCAUAAAAAGAUUGAGGAGAGGCAGAUUCGGACAUUUAGAAGAUCCCUUCUGUUGCCUCUCAUGACUGAGGGACUCCGGAGGGUGAAUCUGAUGUGUGUGUGCCUUGCUGUGAAAUAAUCUAACUUUUCUCAAUGCUUUUGUCUCUGAGAACAGGUUACCCAGGUUUUCAGGCUGCCACCUACGCCAGCCGAAGUUACACAGGCAUUGCGCCUGGCUACACUUACCAGUUCCCUGGUACGUCUCUCUCCCUUUUCUCAGUUGUUGUGCCUUUGUGCUAAGGGUGGGCUCCCCAGUGACCCCAAAAUUCAUCCCUACAAUCCCGGCGGGUGGUGGAGGAUGGAUGACAGACCUCAGUCUCAGAGUCCUAAUGCAGCCCAUGAGGACCUUCAGCCCUUGGGACUCUACCCUAGCCACACACCCUCUCACUAGUCCUUGAACUCUGAUAAUGCUUCAUUCUCAUCUGGAUGGAGAUAGAGGGGAUCCAUGUGAGUGUGUGUAGAAACUAGCCUACGGCACAAAGAUAAAAUUCACACUUGUUGCUCCGCCCACUUUUGCCUCUGGCCCCACCCACCAGCAACAUGUGCCCCCCCCCCCCAGGUUGCCCAGAUGGGAAUGUGGCCCUAUGGCUGAAAAGGGGAUUCGCUGCCUCUUCUCUAAACUUUUGCCAAUUGUCUCCACUCAAGAAGGAAGUGAGAGAAACCUCUGAGGUUUUAAUAGGAGCAGGACGCUGAUGUUGUGGUUCCCUCCUUGGUCCCCUUCUCCCUGGAAACUUGUUAGUCCUAGAAAGGGCAGCUUGCAAGCCUCUCUCUCUCUCUUAAUCUGUUUUUCUAAGCCCCUCCUUCCCUCCCUGCUUCUGAUCCUCAACACCCGCCUCAAACCCCCUCCCAGAGUUGCCACCUUCCUGAAAACCGGAACACAAAGCCCUCAACCCCACCAUCUAAAAGCCGGAUAUUAAUUGAGACUCUCAAUCAAAAAUCUAAUGGGCUCCAAACCUAAAGGAAUGAAAAAUAAUUUGUCACUUCAGUUUGGGGGGGUGGUAUCACAAGAAGCCUGCAAGGCAGGUCACUGCUGCUGUUUGCAAAGGGGGAAAAUCCUUUGUUCAGGCGGUCAUACUGAGCCAGGGCAUCUGGUGCCGGUUUUUAAAGCAGUGGUGGGUCUUUUCUCACCUGCUCCCUACUCUAUCAAGUCCAGGCAGCAACUCUGAGGAUUUGCCUCACCCAGAAUAUUUGUGUUUUCUGCUGUUGCGCCUCUUCUCUCCCCUGCCCCUUCCGCUCUGUUUGCUGGAUCCUCUCUUUCGGAGACGAAACCGACCACAUAUCCUAAGUUGUCUUGCCUUUCGUUUUUAGAAUUCCGGGUAGAGAGGACCCCCCUCCCGAGUGCCCCAGUCCUCCCUGAGCUGACAGGUCAGUCCCACCAAUUUCCUAAACCUUGCAAAAAGCUGGAAGGGUGGGGUGGGGGCACAGAGAUUUGGGCGGCUCCAGCCCAGUUACCGCCUUGCAGCUUGUUUUGGGGGAGCGGGCGGGCGGGAGGUUGGUAAUGACCCUCGUUUCCUUUUCCAUCUGCGUGAAAAUUCAGGCUUUUGCAUUGUUCUGCAACAGCUCCACGUUCAGGGAAAUGCAUUUAUUGUUACAUCCUUAUUUGAAGGGCGCAGCCAUUUAACACCACCGAUAAGGCACCCACCACACAACGCUUUUGCUCUUUCUCUCGGCGCUUUUUCACCAAGCCUCACUCUGCAAAGCAUAAGAGAGACACCGCUGGUCAGAAUGAAUGUUGCUGGUCUGCGUGGACCGAGGAGAAAAGGGGUCGCCUUUUACCAAGUGUGGGGGCCUUCAGCCCUCCCUAUGUUGGCUGAGGACUCUGACUCCCAUCAACCCCAGCAGCCAGCAUGGCCAAUGGGUAGAGCCAAAGGGAGCUGUAGGCCCGGAGUUUCCCCCUCCUCUGUCUUCUACCAAGGCAACUUCACAUGUUCGUGGGCAGUUUGGAAAUCCCUGUUCUGCUCCGAAUUCUGGUGCCUCCUCCUAGAACUGUGAACUACUUAGCUAUGCUUCCUGCAUUGCAGGGGGUUGGACUAGAUGACCCUCAGGUCCCUUCCAGCUGAUUCUGCUGCAUUGUUCCUUACUCUUUGCCCCCCCUGAGAAAAUAGCCAUGCCAAUGCUGGAAUGGCCCAGCACUGUUCCCCCCUAUUUUUCUGGAGAUGGAAUGGGGUGGAUUUUUUUGGGGGUGCUCCUUCCCUGCACCCACUGUUCACAAGGGAGCAGAGGGCACCUUCUCCCCACCCUCCUCCUCCUCUUCCUCCUCUCUGAGUCUAAUGCCUCCCGCCGCUUCCUUCCCAUGGCCCUUCCGCCCUUUGGCUUGGCCUCGCACUUGCAUUUCAGGGCGCACCUCCUGCCCCCCGCUGCCAUUUCCCCAAAGCUUUGUAGAAGCUGCCACGUGUGUCUCCUGCCCAGGCAGCACUCUGCUGUUCCUCUCUCUUCCUGAGCUAAUGGACUGACAGGCCCGUCUCAUCCUCCGUAACAUCCCCUCACUCGUCACACUUCCCUCUCUUUCUUCUGAGGUUUGGAGCUUCAGGGGUGGGGGAGACCUUAGCCUACUUCGUGCCACAGCUUUCCAAGGUAAUUUGUUAUAAGCACCCAAAGACCCUGCAGCAUAGGCAUUUGGUACCAUAGGUAAUAAUAAUACAGUCAUACCACUUGUUACGUUCGCUUCAGGUUACGUCUUUUCAGGUUGUGUCCCGCGGCGACCCAGAAGUACCGGAAAGGGUUACUUCCGGGUUUCACUGCUCGCACAUGCGCAGAUGCUCAAAAUGACGUCAUGCGCAGAAGCGGCGAAUCGCAACCCGUGCACACGCAUACGUGGGUUGCAUUCUGCUCAUGUUGCGAACGUGGCUCUGGAAAGGAUCCCGUUCGCAACCAGAAGGACCACAAUAAUAAUAAUAAUAAUAAUAAUAAUAAUAAAGCCUUUCCCCAGGCUUAAAAUCUUGCUGCUUCUGACCUAUUUUAUUUUCUCAACGUGGGUAUCAAAAAGCUUUAUUUCAUUGUGGAACCCUCCCCGAGAUGGCGUCUGUGUGGUUCUCAGGUGGUCAUCCGUACAGGCCAGCCUGACCUGAGCCAGACUUACUUAGCUUCGUCAAGUUGGUGGCCUCGUGUGCCUUGAGACGGCGGCCACAGUCUGGAGCUGACAGGAUGCUGAAUCCAACCACGCUGGCUAUCCCAGGUAGACCACAGUUCAAGGUCACCCCGCUCCAAAGAAUUAUGGGAGCCGUGGUUCGUUAAGAGUGCUGAGAGUUGUUAGGAGACCACCCCCACUCCCCUCCCAGAGCCGCUACCCCCUAAGUGGUUUAAAAAUCAAUCCUUUUUCCCAGGGAACUCUGGGAACGGCAGCUCUGUGAGGGGGCUAGGGGUCUACUAAGCAGUGCUUUUUUCCUAGAAAAAUAGGAGCCCUGUACUCACCAUGAAGCUGUUACAGUAAGUGCCAUAUUUUUUAAAUUACAACCAAAAGAAGUGCCAGUACUGCAUGCCCUUGAGUACACCCCCCGGGGGGGGGAGCACUGCUCCUAACCACUCUCAGCACCCUUAACGAGCCACAGCUCCCAGAAUUCUUUGGGGGAAGCCAUGCCUGCUUAGAGUUCUUUAAAUAUAUGCUGUGGCCGUGACCUUGAACUGCUGUCUGCCUGGGGCAGGGAGAGCCGGCGUGGUUGGAACUCUGCCUCUUGCCAGCCCCAGCCAAUAUGGCCCAAUGGACUACAACUCCCAUCAUCCCUUGACCAACAUUGCAGCAUGUUGACUAUCCCUGAUGUAAUUAGACAGUGAAGUGGGAGGAAACCUAUGAAAGCUUCCGAAGCCAGCAGAAGGCAGCUUGUCCCUCGCCAUCCCUGAGAUCUAAGAGGCAUUAUUCCCUGCGUGGAAAUUCUACUUCUCAGAGAGCAGGGAAUACCAGUGACUCCAACUCCCAUCAGCAGGCGAGGGUCACCACCUCCCCUAUCCCUGGCUCAUGGGCACUGGGUGCUCUUCAGAUUCACCAGCCACCACGCCUUCACCACCCCUGCGGGGAAGCCCAGGCCUGCUCUGAUGUCUCUCCCUUUCCUUCCAGCCAUCCCUCUCACUGCGUAUGGACCCAUGGCGGCGGCAGCAGCGGCGGCGGCUGUGGUGCGAGGGACAGGUAACUGCCGUGCUCCCUGGGGGGUGGCCACCUUGCUGGCUUUGGGGAAGCUCUCUAUUUGUUCUGGGUGAGGGGUGGGGCGGGGGGACGAGGGGGCCUUCAUUUUGGCAUCUUCACUGGCUAGUCCUGCUUCCUCCUGUAGGGUCCACCCCGAGCCGCACCGGUGGAUUCCUGGGCACCACCAGCCCCGGGCCAAUGGCGGAGCUUUACGGAGCAGCCAAUCAGGAUUCAGGAGUCAGCAGCUACAUCAGCGCAGCGAGUCCCGCCCCGAGCACUGGCUUUGGCCACAGCCUAGGGGUGAGUUAUCAGCAGGAGGGCCCUGUGGGGCGGAGCAAGGAGCUCUCUAAAAAGCAGCCUCCCCCAGGCUGCUGCCCUGUGGAUGUUUUGUACUACAGCUCUCAUCAGCUCCAGCCAACACGGCCAUUUUGGACUGCAGCUCCCGUUGUAGCUGUAGUCCAGAAUAUCUGGAGGGCACCAGUUUGGGGCUGGCUGAAUUAAAGGAUGUGAAGGGCUAAGCAGGACCCAACAGAACCACUGCCAGACAGGAAAGGCGGGCCAGUGACUUAGUAGCAUAACAUUCAUUUAUUUUUGCUUUUUAAAGAAAUGUCGGGACUUCUUUAGCUUUGCCUAAAGUCAUAUAUCCUUCAGUAACAAUCAUAAUUAUUGAAUACUGCUAAAGCACGUAGCAUUUUUUUUAAAAAAGCACUGUGCGUAUAUUAAAUUAUGAAACUGUCCCUGCCUUCCAGGCUCGCAAUUCAAUAGGUACAGCACGUAAGGAAAUAGGAAUGCGGAGGGAAGAGGAAAGCAAGCGUUAGAACAGCUGCUUUUUCACUGGCCGGUGGAUGGGGCCAAGUUGGUCUCCCUAUUGCUAUGAUUAUCUUCCUAGAAGGCAGUAUGUGCAGCCCUGCCGGUGGCCCUUUCUGAUGACAAAGGCUGGAGAGCUCUGCGCUUCAAUUCCGCAGCACCAGAUAACUCAGUUGGGUCAUUUGAUGUAUUUAUUUAGUUCAUAAAAUUUAUAUACUGCAUGAUUGCAAAACAAAAAACCUUGAAAAAACCACACUCAAGGCGGUUUACAAAAAAGAACUCUUUUUUUUGUUCAGUAUUUUACCCCCUUAAGGAGCCAUUUUUUGUCAGUUGUGUUAUGAAUUAUGUGUGUACAAUAAAAAUAAAACAUUUUUUAAUUUAAAAAAACAACAACCCCAGAUUAAAAUUUUCAUCAACAUUCUACGUAUCUGGAUAGGCCUUUCCUUAGCAAAAACGUUUUUAGCAAGCGCCAAAAAGAGUACAAAAUGAGGCACCUGCCUGCUGGAUGUCAAUAGGCAGGGAGUUCCAAAGUCCUGCCACACUGAAAGUUCCAUUCCUUACAAAUGUGGAACGAGAAUUUUGUGGCACUGUAACAGUGCCAGUUCUGCAGAUUGAAGCAGUCAAGACUGCACAUGUGGGGAUAAGGUCAUCUUGCAGUUUAACCUGAUAUAGUACACCCACACCCACCCACAAAAUAUGGUACAUUGUGAGUGUUCAAAGCUCUGCGGAUAAUGUCCAAUCAAUGUCAUGUCAUUGUUUUGAAGGGACCUUUGAUUGCAACAGCGUUUACUAAUGGUUACCACUGAAGCUGAGGACCAAGGAAGGAGGAGGUAAGAUGGCCAAUGGGGACUCGGCUUCCACAGUGUGCUGUUCAUAGGUCUGUCCUUGAAGACAGUUUUAGAACUCUUAGUUGAACUGUAGGGUGAAGUGGCCAUAGUCCAAGAUAUUAGAGGGGGUGCCUCCUCCCAUAGAUACCUAUCUGUACUUUGAAGUCACGUGGUAAGACCUGGGAUGGUACUCUGCAUCUUCUGACUUUAAGAGAGGAUCGGGCAAAUUUAUGCUUUCAGCGGCCAAUAGCCAUGAUGGCUGUGCUCUGCCUCCGUAGUCUGAGGCAGCAAUGCUCCUGAAUCCCAGUUGCUGGAAACCACCGGGUUGUGUGUCUGAGAGAGAUGCUUUAGCGCUUGUGUCCUGUUUGUGGGGCUCUCACAGCCAUCUGGUUGGCCACUGUGAAAACAGGAGGUUGGACUGCGUGAGCCAUUGGCAGGCUCUUCUUAUGUUCAGAGCCUGUUUCCUCUUUUCUACAUGAGGGGAAAGGCAUGCCCAUUGUCUUGACACAGAUGCUUGGCUGUGUGAGAAAAAGCCCUUCCAUUUGUCUCUCGUGGGAUGUUCCCAUUGUGGAGUCUAGUAUUAUGUUGGGCAUUGUAAAGGAUUCUUUAGCUGUGAUUCCUGCAUUGCAGGGGGUUGGACCAGAUUAGCUUUGGGAGUGCCUUUCAGCUCUAUGCAGGUGGCGCUGUGGUCUAAACCACUGAGUCUCUUGGGCUUGCCGACCGGAAGAUUGGCGGUUCAAAUCCCCGCGACGGAGUGAGCUCUCGUUGCUCUGUCCCAGCUCCUGCCAACCUAGCAGUUUGAAAGCACACCAGUGCAAGUAGAUAAAUAGGUACUACUGUGGCGGGAAGGUAAACGGCGUUUCCGUGCACUCUGGCUUACGUCAUAGUGUCCCGUUGCUCCAGAAGGGGUUUAGCCAUGCUGGCCACAUGACCUGGAAAGCUGUCUGUGGACAAACGCCAGCUCCCUUAGCCUGAAAGCGAGAUGAGCACCGCAACACCGUAGUUGCCUUUGACUGGAUUUAACCGUCCAGGGAUCUUUUACCUUCCUUUUUACCAUUGUAAGAUUCUACGAGGAGGUGUGCCUACGCACUAUUGAGACAGCUGUGAAUGCAAAAUGCAAAAUUCUGGGGAGGCUAACCUUGCACAAUCAUUCCAUAAUUUCCAUCUCCCCACACCCUUUAUUCUUGCAGAUUCCCCAGUGAGCAAACCAAGGACAAGCGACCUGGAGGAUCCGGCAACACUUGAGGGAUGAGCCAAGAUUUCAUUUUUAGUAAAUAAAACUGCACACUCGUGGCUGUUUGCUGGGCUUCUCCCGGCCUGCCCUGAUCUCUCCAUUGACCAGAUCUUGAGCACUGGAUUUGAACGCAAGGAGAUCUUGUCUCCUCUUCUUACUAAUAACCGCUGACCGUUUACACUUCUCCCCAAACCCUCCACCCCAACAAUUCUUCUUUUAUUUAUUUUGUUAGCUUGUUAGCUUUUAUUUUUUAAUCUUUUGGGGGGGGGGAGGGGAGGGAGAGGGGGGUGCUGGGGAAGGAGGACCGAGGAGGUGUGAAGUCAGUCCUCUCAUUGUCAUUCUUUUUCGUUGUUGUGGUUCUUUUUGCUCUUUUGCAGAGCCUCUCAGAAGAACCGUUUUUAUGAAUUUGGAUUUUAUUUUAUUUUUUGUGAUUGUGAGUAGGGGGUAGCUUUUAUUGAGGAAUAUUUUUAUUUGGCUUUGAAAUCUUUUUGUUUUGUUUUGUUUUUAGAUAUAUAUUAUAUAAAUAUAUAUUUUGGGGGGUGGGCAGGGCAGGAGGAAGGAACAGGACUCGGUCAUGAGAAAGCAAAAGGUUAUCUUGGAAAGGACGCAUUGCGAUGUCAAGUGAAGGCAGUUCCGAAGGGUAGGCAGAGAGCAGGGAGAUGUCGCUGCAUCGGGCAGAUUCUCUUUCUCUCGGUCUCUCUCUCUUUUUUGUGUGAAAAAAGAAACCUUUUCUUUCUACCAAGGUGAGGCUUUGAGAAACGUGCCGAAUUAGCAGAAGGCAAUUGCUGUGGAACGAAUAAUGAACUGUAUAUUUUGCUAAGUGGACUAAGAGGAAGAAGAAAACACUAUUCCUGAUGACUGAAUUCCCCCCUCCCCUCCUUUCCCCUCCCCUAGAUUUUAGGUUUCUGUGGGUUUUUAUUAUUGUUAUUUUGUUCUCCGCCCCCUUCCCUUUGAUCUUUCCUGUAUCAUAUGUAAAUAUUGCAGGGCGGUCUUCGGCCUUGUUGUGCACCAAGCAAACUCUGGGUUUCUUAAGCUUCCUUUCUUUUUCCUCUUCUCAUUCUGGGCCUCUUGAUGCCGAAAACGUGAGCAAUACUCUCUCCAGUUGGACCGUGACGAACCUCUUUUCCCUCCCCCUUUUUUAUACCUUUUACUGUAUAAGAUUUUAAGACCUCUGGGAGUCUGGUGGGGUGGGGAGCAGGAGGAGGAGGAGGGCGCUUGGGGGGUGUUGGGGGGGACGGGGGGGAGGGCGGGUUUGGAAAGAGUUGGGUGAGAGCUACUUGCAUCAUCUGGUGCAGAGGGGGGGCUGCUGUGUUGCUGAGCGGCUUGCACCAGGCUCAGCAUGCGGGUGUCGUGCCCCCCUCUCAUGACGGUGCCAGCGCCCGCUUUAGAAAAGGGCUUCUUCAGCCACCACUGCUGGUCUCUGUUGACGCUUUGGGUGGAUGUAACUCUCCCAAUAUUUACUGCUUCCUGCCAAGAGGGUGGGCAAUCGCUUGCCGGGAGGCCGGGGGUGUCGAGGGCGUCUGUUCGCGCCCCCCCCAUCUCCCUCACUUUUUACUGUAAAGGUGGGUGGUGAUUCAGGCAAAAAAGGUGUGUGUGUUUGUGUGUUUUGCUAGUGAGAGAGACUUAGGCUGUGAUCCCACACCCUCCUAAACCCAGCCAUCAAACCCAAUGGGCAUUAUUUCUGAGUAAAGGCCACAUCCAUACCAUACAUCGAAAGCACAUUGAAUUCUGGGGACUGCAGUUUGUCAAAGGGCGCAGAGAGUUGUUAAGAGACCCCCUGUUACCUCCCCAGAGCUACAGCUCUCAGAGUGGUUGAACCAUCAAUCCCCUCUUCCCAGUGGAAUUGGGAAGGGGAGGGAAGGUCUCAGCACCAAAACAAACUGUGGUUCCCAGGAUUAUUAUUAUUAUUUUGUAGGGGCGGGGAAUUCAUGGCUGUUUCGAGUGGUUUUAACUGGUAUGGUGUGAAUGUGGCCCAAGAUCUGCACCGGUAGAAAGGUUCUCAGGGAUCCUGUGAGUUGGGGGUGGGGGGGAGAGAAGCCCUGGAUCCCCCCCUUGUUUUACUAUGCCAGGAUACCGUUUGUUUUAAGAAAGGCGCAUUUGAAUCAUAGAAUUGUAGGGCUGGAAGGGCCCCGAAGGGUCAUCUAUAGUCCAACCCCCUGCAAUGCAAGGAUCACAGCUAAUUUUGCUGAGACUGACCCCACUGGGAAACCCGUCUUCCCGUCAGGGGCGAGGUGAGCAAAGUUUGCCUCCUGCGGUAGAAGUGGAAAGUGAAGGGCCACUCUGCACACAUUCAGCGCUCUCUUUGAAGCAGAAAGUUAAAUCCCCAUUCAUUUCCCCUUGCACACGGCCCUCUGCAUCUUCCUUCGACUCAUCUCGCGGGGGCCUUUCUUUGUCUUCCGCACACCUUCUAUCAAGAUUUGCUACUACAGUGGUACCUCUGGUUGCAAGUGGGAUCUGUUCCGGAGCUCCGUUCGCAACCUGAUAGGAAUGCAACCCGCAUCUGCGCACACGUGCGGGUCGCGAUUCGCCGCUUCUGUUCAUGUGCGAGCGGCGAAACCCGGAAGUAACCCUUUCCGGUACUUCCGUGUCGCUGCGGGAUGCAACCUGAAAAGACAUAACCUGAACUGAACGUAACAAGAGGUAUGACUGUACACAGCCAGGGAGAGACUGGGAAGUGUGAUGUGUGUCUCCCCUUGGAACAGGCAUAGCCAGUCAUGCUCUCUGGGUGUGACUGGACUACAUCUCCCAGCUUUGGCCUGGCUGGCAGGUGGGGCUGUUGGGAGUUGGAGCCCAAGAGCAGCUACGCUGGCUAUCCACUCCCUAGGCCACAUUUGCAUGCCUCACCUGCACGCCUCAUUUUCAAGCUACUUGCCUUUUUGCGGGACUCUUCCUUCCCCGCUCUUCUCGCUACCACGAGGACGGGCCGUAGCUCAGAGGCACAGAGUGCCUGCUUUAGGUGCAGAAGGUCCCAGGUUCAUACCUUGGGGUCUAUGUAGACAGGAAUAAGCUAGAUGACCGAUGAACUGACUUGUGCAAGGCAGCUUCUUUGUAUGUGACAUUCUGUGUGGUGAGUUGCUGCCCAAGAGUGGGCUUUUGGAUUGCUUCUGACUACCAUACUUGAAUUCCGCCCCCGCCCCCCAGGCCCGUUUUUGGGGAACCAGUGCUCUCGCAGAGACGAGCCAUGGCUCAGUCCAGAUGUAGAUGUGGCCUUUCCAAUGGAUUUUGGGCAUCACUAAGGUGGGAAGCAGGCAGAUCCGACCCCUGUGAGGCCUCCUCCAGAGAGCGAAAGUGUGUGAUGCGAAAGGAUUCAGACAUGCUGCAGCCAUGUCCCUGCCUCUCUGCUUCAGCCUUUCAAUAAGACAACAUUUUGGUGCCCGAAGGGGAAGAUCCCAGUGGCGCCACUCCCUCUCCCCACACGCCUAUCAAUGGAGCUAUCAGUCCAGUGUGAUGAUCUCCCAUGCAACCUCCACUGAAAUGAACGGCAUAUGUGCAAGAGUAUCAUAGUUCGUGACAUCACAGGCACUAGCCACUGCGUUCUGCCUACUAACUGAAGGGCUCUUUCACAGCUGUUCCUUUCAGGGAGGCUUGUGCCAUGGACCUUCCUUCUGGAUCGAUUGCAUGUAGGUGUGGAUGGGUGUUGUGUCAUCUACUUUUUGGGGGGACGGAAAUGCCUUGGGCCCACCCUUCAAAGAAUUGCCACUUUGGCAAGGAAGGAAGCUGUGGGAUCUGCUGAGCCUCUUUGAGGUGGCAAGAGAAAAUCGAUCUAUAUAUGUUUGGGGGGAAUGUGCAAAAUCCCACUUGUCUCAGGUUCCUCUGUCCUGGCCCCUGUCUCCCGCACAGCCAACCAGCAGAGGGUCUCUCUGCCCAUUGCAUUACUUAGGCAACGUUAAAAGAUGCCUCCACAUCGUGCAGGUGUGGCAAAUGUGCAGUUUGGGUAAGGGCCGUGGUAGAGAGCAUCUGCUUUGCAUGCAGACGGUCUCGGGUCCAAAUCCCCCCCCCAUUACCAAGUAGAACUAAGGCUCCUGUCCCAAACCAUUGAGAGCCUCUGCCUGUCAGUGCAGACAAUACUGAGCUACAUGGACUAAGGGUCUGACUCUGUUUCAAGCAUCACUCCAUCCAUCCCUUGCUUGCAGCUUCCUCUUGGCGUGUGCAUACUUAGUUGCAGGCUCCAUUUCCUCCUUACAUGUGUAAUGCAAUACUUCAUGGGUGAGAGUUUCCAGUUGCAAUAAAUCAAUACCCUUUUGUUGCGGAGGCGGGGAGCUUAAAUUUUCCUCUUCCGGGGCUGGGUCUGAAAUCUGUUUAAACUUGAACCAAAGACCUUGUCUGAGCCUUUUCUUAAGAUGCAGUCUGACACUUAUGCCCAGGGAAAAUAAAACACAGCUUCAUCUUAAGUCAAAUAAUAAUAAUAAUAAUAAUAAUAAUUUUUUUAGCGCCUUUCCUCAAACUUAGCCCCUAUGAGCAAGAGACAAAUCCAGCCUUCCCCAACCUGGUGCCCUCCAGAUGUUUUGGGCUGCGUCAGCCCUCGGCCAAUAUGACCACGGCAUCUACUCGAGCAUGUCCAUGCUGGCUGGAGGCUGAUGGCAAUUUUCGUCCAAAAGAAAUGCAGAGCACACCAGGUUGUGGAAGUCUGGACACACAACAACGCCCAAAACAGAAUCUUUGCUUCCUCAAGACUGGUGACUAGUGACCAUUUCCCAAACAGCGUUGAAAGUAGCAGAAAAGAGCCGGCGUCAUUUCCUGGGGGGUUCCUUUGUCCUGCUAUAACAACUUCGGUCGAGCAGGUUUUUGAAAUGACCAGAAGCCUGCAGAACCUCUUUGACCAGGAUCAGCUUAAACUUCAUGCAGCCUGCAGGGGCUGCUCAGAGUUGGGAGUCCAGCAACAUCUGGAGGGAAACAGAUGUCCCUUAUCCCUGCACUCACUUCAGAGUGCAUGUUUUAAUGCUGCUUUAUUUGCGGGGGGGACUCCAUGGAGGAUAAAGCUGUCGAUGACUAUUAGCUGCUGUGUUCUACCUCCACUGUUGGAAGCAGUGAGCGCAGGUGAGGAGAGUUAUUCCUGCGCUCAGGUUCUGCCUACGUGCUUCCCCAAAGAGGCACCUGGAUGGCCACUGUGAGGGCAGGAGGCUGGACCAGAUGGGCCCCCUUUGGCGUGAUCCAGCAGGGCUCUUCUUAUGUUCUUAUGGAGCUUCCAGGUCCAGAGACAGUCUAUCUAAAUUAUUAGGUUCUUUGGGGCAUUUGGCUCUACUGUGAGAACAAAGAGGCCAGACUAGACGAGCCUUUGGGCCUGAUCCAUCUGCAGGGCUCUUCAUACAUUCUUAUGCAUAUAGAAAACCAGUGCGCCGUGCUUUGUGAUGUACCCCAGCCCCCCUUCACCUGCUGGUUUCAUGUCACUAGGGAAGAUUUCCUUAACUGGAACCUCCAAACCCAAGCGGCAGAAGCAUCCACUUUGCAUCCUUGGCAUGUAAUCCUGCGGGGCAGGGCUAGGAGGGACUCCGCUGCCAGUGUGGACAGUACUGAGCUAGACGAACCAAUGGCCUGACCUGGAAUAAGGCAGCUUCCUAUGCUGCUAUUUAACUCGGAACCAUGAGGACUAGCACCUUGUCAAAAGAAGGGCCCUAGGUCACUGGCAGAGCACUUUGCAUGCAGAAGGUUCCAGGUUCUGUCCCCAAUGGCAUCUCUGGGCAAGACUGGGAGAGACCCCUGCCUCAGACACUGGAGAGCCACUGCCAGUCAGUGUAGGCAAUACUGAAGAGAUGAUUCUGUAUAAGGCAGCCCCCCUGCAUCCUGAAGUGGAACAGUCCAGGUGUGAAGCCUUUUGACUGCUCAUCAGCGUCAGCCACCCCUUUCUGUUCUCUCUCUUUCUCUCUGCCUCAUGCCCCCUCCCUCUCUUUGGGGUGAUGUCCUUGCUGCCUUGUCCUCAAACCCCAAGUCCCCACCUGAAGCAGGUCAUAAAUAUUGGGAGAGUUCUCUUUUUUUAUUCUUUUUCUUCUUUUUUUGCGGGGCGGGGGGUGGAGAGGGAAGGAGCGGGGGUGGGGUGGGAUAACUUAGCGAAUUAGUACUGGAAACACAAAGCAAUAAUUUUUGUUACUGAGACGAGUCUGUAUGUCCUUUUUUUAAAAAAAGAAGAAGCGAAAGUGCAGCCGCAAUUUAUUGGGUUUAUUUUUAUUCUCGAGUCUUCAGCCUUGGGGGGCUGCAGAGGGGGUGGGGGGGACACACACAGCCGUGCCUCCCCCCUCGGUACACGCGCUGAGCUGCUUCUCCGACCACGUCCCUUACCUGUGGCGCCACCAAGAUCCGGAGUUUGCGACUCUCUUGGCAAUAGCCCAGGUGUCGGGGGGUGGGAGGGCCUGUGAUUUGGGGGGGGGGGAGCUACUGCUGCUGUGUCUGUUCUUUUUUUUUUUUUUAAGAGAAAAAAAAUAAAGCUGUGGUUUUUAUUAAGCCAGUUUUAUUAUACGUCAAUGUUCUCUCUCCAUACCUGUAACCCCUUUUUCCAGAUUUUCAGUUUUAAAUUCCUAAUAAAUUAUUUGAAAACGGC